CCAGCCUCGCCUCGGGUGGAGGGACUGCACGGAGGGAAAACAGAACUACACGGCCUCUCACUGUGUAGUUUUGUUUUUAUCGGGGGGGAUACUUCGAGGCUCGACCGUUCUCAUCUUGGAUAUUUCUAGAAAAAUCUUUCUGGAUAAGGAGACUGUUGCUGGUCCGAGCCGCCCGGGCGUCGUCCCAUCAGUCUGAGGCACUCUUGUGGAAACAAGGUGCCGACCACCAUGACAACACAAGCACCGACGUUCACACAGCCGCUGCAGAGCGUCGUGGCACUAGAGGGUAGUGCCGCGACGUUCGAGGCUCAAGUUAGUGGUUCUCCAGUUCCUGAGGUGAGCUGGUUCCGUGAUGGCCAGGUUCUUUCCACCGCCGCUUUGCCCGGCGUUCAGAUCUCGUUCAGCGAAGGCCGCGCUGUUCUGAGGAUCCCCGCUGUGACCGCCGCACACAGCGGGAGAUUUUCUGUCAGAGCCACCAACGGCGCUGGACAAGCCACGAGCACCGCCGAACUCCUGGUUACAGCUGAGACAGCGCCACCCAGCUUCCUUCAGAGACUGCAGAGCUCCACGGUGAGACAGGGCAGCCAGGUGAGGCUGGACGUCCGAGUCACAGGAAUCCCAACACCUGUGGUGAAGUUCUACAGAGAGGGAGCCGAGAUCCAGAGCUCGGCGGACUUCAGGAUCCUCCAGGAGGGAGACCUGUACAGUCUGCUGAUCGCUGAGGCCUUCCCAGAGGAUUCUGGGACGUAUUCUGUGACCGCCACCAACAGUAGCGGACGGGCCACGUCCACCGCUGAGCUGCUGGUUCAGGGUGAAGAAGCCGUUCCAGCAAAGAAAACAAAGACAGUGAUUUCAACCUCUCAGAUUUCACAGACCCGUCAGACCAGAGUGGAAAAGAGGAUGGAGGCCAGUUUCCAAGCCACCGCCAUGAUGGAGAUGCAGGUGGAGGGCGCCGAGAUGACUCAGCAGCUGGCUCACAAGACUCCGCCUAGAGUUCCUCCGAAACCUGUGUCCAAGUCCCCUACUCAGCCCUCACUGGUCGCCAAGGUGACCGCGGGACGCCAACAGUCACCGUCACCUGUCAGACACGUGAAGGCGCCCACGCCUACGCCUGUUAGGCCUGCCUCUCCCACUUCAAGACUAUCAGUCUCCCCCAUCAGGCCGGUCAAGUCCCCCAUCACGGCACGCAAGCAGGUGGCCGCUGGCGCCGACGUCCUGCCGCCCUGGAAGCAGGGAGACUAUGUGGCAGAGGCCAGCUACACCAGCAUGACCAGUAUGACCAGCAGUACCGUCACCCAGCUGGGCCAGGAGCAGCGCUGGGAGCAGCAGGUCACCGGGGUCAAACAGCCUCAAACUGCUGAAAUGGAGUCGGAAUCAUCUGGAUUGACAGAUGACACAAGUUUUACCCAGAAUGCAGAGAGAUGUGGCGAAGCUGCGAGCCACGAGGAAACGACAUAUGACCAAAACGUCUAUCAUUCCGAUAUUACGAACCGGGACACCGUGGCCUCGCUGGAAGAAGAGCAAGAGUCCGGCAAAGAUUUUGAAAGUCUUGUAGUGACACAAACGGACAACGAAGGCAAUGAAGACACUUCGGAGGAGAUGUAUUUCAGUCCGUCACACAGCUGUAAAGAUCUCGACUCUGUCUUUAACCACAAAGACUCGUCACUAGUUUCAAACCAAGAGCACGUCGAACUCGAUCCAACUGAAGGAAUGUUCAGAUUUUGUGAUGUCUUGACUGACGAAGACCAAGCUGUCCAAGAUGUCCGCCAGCAGCCGGAGGAGCAGGCUGAGGGAGGGAAAAGAGCCGGGGCGGUGGCCACAGUGAUGGCCGCCGUUGACCUCGCUCGGGUCCGUCAGCCUGUGCAUGUCGAGGGCGGUCGAGGUGAAGAGGAGAAAGCAGAGGCUGUAGAGGCAGAGUUAAGGCAGCAGGCCGCCGCUGUGGCUGCCGAUCAACAGUAUCAAGCCGGCUGGACAACUACACGAGUGCAGGCUGGCCAAAUGCUCACCACUGCUCAGGAGUUUACACCUGAACCCACCCUGCCGCUGCCUCAGAUUCAGAGAGCGACAGAAAUCUCCUCCCACGUGGACACUGGUCUCGCCCCGUCCCCAGUUCCACAUUUCACAGUUUCUAAAGUUUCUGUCCCAAAACAUGAGUCUAGCUCUGAGGUUUCCAUCGCCGGCUCGGCGAUCGCCACUCUGCAGAAAGAGUUGUCCUCCUCCACCGCUAGAAAGAUCAUCAAGCCUGUCAAGUCCCCCAGUCCGUCUCGUAGAGCGGGGGAGGCCAGAGGGACCCCGGAGCCCAUCCCUCCCCCGUUCAAAGGCUUCACUGAGAAACAUGGCACUGAUUUACAGACGGGGGUGGUGUACUCAGGGGGCAUGGAGAGAAUAUAUGAGGACUGGGGAGCCCAGGUGGCGGAGGGAGCAGCCGUACCUUCUGCAGGUGCCGUAGUCCCGCCCACGCUGAUGUCUGGCUUGAAGAACACAAAUGUGACAGAGGGCGAGUCGGUGAGCCUGGAGUGCCAGAUCAGCGGUCACCCUAAGCCUGUUAUCAUGUGGUUCAGAGAGGACUACAAGAUUGAGAGCUCCAUUGAUUUCCAGAUUAGCUAUGAGAACGGAUUCGCCCAGCUGGUGAUCCGCGAAGCAUUCGCUGAAGACAGUGGACGCUUCACCUGCACCGCCACAAACGAGGCGGGAACUGUCAGCACCUCCUGCUACCUGCUCGUCCAGGUGUCUGAGGAAAUCGAGAGCAGAGAGGAGAGCGCUGUCGUCACCGAACAAACUGUUGAGAAACUAGUAACCGAAGAAGCCAAAGAGGAGAUCAUGUCUCAGGUGAGCGUGGCCGAGCCAGAUACUCCUGCCGCUGCUCCCUUUUUCAUCAAGAAGCCAACCGUCCAGAAGCUGGUGGAAGGAGGAAGUGUUGUGUUUGAAUGCCAGUUCGGAGGAAGCCCCAGGCCACACAUCAUCUGGAAGAAGAACGGCGUACCGCUCACUACCGGAUACAGAUACAAAGUUGCCUACAAGAAGGAAACUGGAGAAUGCAAGUUGGAGAUCUCCAUGACCUUUGCUGAUGAUGCCGGAGAAUACUGUGUCUUUGCAAAGAACCAGCUCGGAGAGGUCUCAGCCUCCGCCAGCCUGCUGGAGGAAGAGGAAUAUGAAGCCUACAUGAAGAAACAAGAAGCAACCUUUAAGACUGAAGUGACAACCAUGGUGCAGGAGCCUCAAGUGGGAGACACUGCCCCUGUCAUUACAACAAUGGAGCAGAUGACCACCACCAUUAUCUCUGGACAGGAAUUCCAUCUGUCCAUCACUGAGCAGAGGUUCAUCCAGGAGCUCGAACUCCGCAUUAUGACGAUUACCUACAAAGAGAUAGUGACAGAGGAUGGAGAGUUGAUGGUGACCGCCGCCCCCACCGAGGCCGUGCAGCCCAGCUUUGACACCCCUGUCAAAAACUACAGAAUCAGGGAAGGAAUGGGCGUCACUUUCCACUGCAAGAUGGGAGGAAUGCCACUUCCCAAGAUUGCUUGGUACAAAGACGGCCAGCGCAUCAGGCCCGGUGACCGUUACCAGAUGGAGGUUCUUCAGGAUGGACGAGCCAGCCUUCGUCUGCCUGUGGUCCUGCCAGAGGACGAGGGCGUGUACACCGCCUUCGCCGCCAACAUGAAAGGAAAUGCGGUCAGCUCUGGGAAGCUCUACGUGGAGCCGUCCGGAGCUGGAGUGUCUCAGUCAGCAGUACAAAGGAUGAGGUCCACAUCUCCUCGUUCUCUGAGCCGCUCUCCUGGCCGUUCUCCCAGCCGCUCACCUGGACGCUCUCCUGCUCGCCGGCUUGAUGAGACAGACGAGGCUCAGCUGGAGAGACUCUACAAGCCUGUGUUUGUCAUGAAGCCUUCCUCAUGUAAAUGCUCUGAGGGGCAAACUGCCAGGUUCGACCUGAAAGUCGUUGGUAGGCCGAUGCCCGACACAUACUGGUUCCACAACGGACAACAAGUGGUUAGCGACUACACCCACAAAAUAGUGGUUAAAGAGGACGGGACUCAGUCCCUGAUUAUUGUCCCGGCCAUGCCGCAGGACUCUGGAGAGUGGACAGUCAUUGCUCAGAACAGAGCUGGACGCUCAUCCAUCUCCGUCACUCUCACUGUUGAUGCCAAAGAAACCUUGGUGCGUCCCCAGUUCACUGAGAAGCUAAAGAACAUCAGUGUAAAGCAGGGCACUCUGGUUGAACUGGCUGUCAAAGCCAUUGGAAACCCCCUGCCUGACAUCGUCUGGCUGAAAAACAGUGACAUUAUCUCCCCGCACAAACACCCACACAUCAGGGUUGAAGGAACCAGAGGAGAGGCCAAAUUCCAGAUUCCCUCAGCUGCAGGCACAGACAGCGCCUGGUACACUGCUACAGCCAUCAACAAGGCUGGCAGAGACACCACUCGCUGCAGAGUCAAUGUAGAGGUGGACUAUGUAGAACCUGAACCAGAGAGGAAGCUCAUUAUUCCCAAAGGAACCUACAAGGCCAAGGAGAUCGCCCCUCCAGAGUUGGAGCCCCUUCAUAUGCGAUAUGGUCAAGAGCAGUGGGAGGAGGGCGACCUUUACGACAAAGAGAAGCAGCAGAAACCACAGUUCAAGAAGAAGUUGACCUCUGUCCGCAUGAAGCGCUUUGGUCCGGCUCAUUUCGAGUGCAGACUGACCCCCAUCGGUGACCCCACGAUGGUAGUGGAGUGGCUGCAUGACGGCAAACCCCUGGAAGCUGCUAACAGGUUGCGCAUGGUCAAUGAAUUUGGCUACUGCAGUCUUGACUAUGACGUUGCUUACGCUAGAGACAGCGGCGUCAUCACCUGCAGAGCUACUAACAAGUUUGGAGUCGACCAGACCUCGGCCACCCUGGUCGUCAAGGAUGAGAAGGGCCUUGUUGAGGAAACACAGCUUCCUGAAGGCAGGAAGGGAGCGCACCGGAUCGAUGAGAUGGAACGGCAGGCUCAUGAAGGAGGACCGUAUGGAGUCACUGCUGAAGAGGAAGCUGAGAAAAUGAAACCUGAAAUUGUUCUGCUUCCUGAACCAGCCAGAGUGCUGGAAGGCGACAUUGCCCGAUUCCGCUGCAGAGUGACUGGUUAUCCAGCACCCAAAGUUAACUGGUACCUCAACGGACAACUUAUCCGCAAGAGUAAGAGAUACAGACUUCGUUAUGAUGGUAUUUACUACUUGGAGAUCGUCGACAUCAAGUCCUAUGACGCAGGAGAGGUCAAAGUGGUGGCCGACAACAACCUGGGCUCAGCUGAACACACUGUGAAGCUGGAGAUUCAGCAGAAAGAGGACUUCAGAACUCAUCUGCGCCGUGCCCCAGAGGCUAAGGCAGCUGAACCUUCACCCGAAGUUGGAAAAACACCAUUCGAGGUGAUGAAGGUUGAGAAACCCACAGAUGACUCUCAGUUGAAAGAGGUGGUCAAGCUUAAGAAGGCCCAGAGAAUUGUUCAUGAGAAAGCCACAGAGGAGUCAGAGGAGCUGAGGGGCAAGUUCAAGCGCAGGACAGAGGAAGGCUAUUACGAGUCCAUCACCGCGGUGGACCUCAAGUCACGUAAGAGGGAUGAUUCCUAUGAGGAUCUGCUGAAGAAAACAAAGGAGGAGCUGCUUCACCGGGCAAAGGAAAAGGAGGAGGCUGAGAAGAAGAAAGAGGCGGAGCGACGCAAGGUCACAGCUAAACCUCUAAAACCAGAAAGGGUCAAACUGUCAGCCAGCAUGGAAGCUCCUAAGAUUCUGGAGCGUAUUACCAGCCAGACAGUCGCGCAGGGCGACGAAGUCAAAUUCAGAGUCAGAGUUGUUGGCAGACCAGAACCAGUGUGCCAGUGGUUCAAGAACGGUGUUCAGCUGGAGAAGUCUGACCGUGUUUACUGGUUCUGGCCUGAGGAUCAUGUGUGUGAACUGGUGAUCAAAAAUGUCAGGGCGGAGGACUCUGCUAGUGUCAUGGUGAAAGCUUCGAACACUGCUGGAGAGACUUCAAGCCAUGCUUUCCUGUUGGUGCAAGCAAAGCAAGUCAUCACCUUCACACAGAAGCUGGAGGACGUUGACGCAAAGGAGAAGGACACCAUGGCUACCUUUGAGUGUGAAACCAAUGAGCCUUUUGUCAAGGUCAAAUGGCUGAAGAAUAACGAGGAGAUCUUCACCGGAGACAAAUACAGGAUGCACUCUGACAGAAAGGUUCACUUCCUGUCUGUGCUGAUGAUUGACAUGAGGGAUGAUGCAGAAUUCACCUGUGUGGUUGUAGACGAAGACAUCAGUACAACUGCAAAACUCAAUGUUGAAGGAGCCCCGCUGGAGAUCCUGAAGCAGCUGGAGAGCACAGAAGUGCCUGAGACGUACUCUGGAGAGUUUGAGUGUGUCGUGUCUCGUGAGGAUGCUGAAGGCAGCUGGUUCUUUGGAGAAAAGCUGCUCUCUAACACCAGUAAAUACGUAAUCUCCUCCCGCCGUGGAAGACACACCCUGUCUGUCAAAGACGUGAAGAAGGAGGAUCAAGGAAAAUACACCUUCAAAGUGGGCGAGUUUAAGACAAGUGCCUCCCUGAAGAUGAAAUUGCGUCCGGUGACCCUGAUGCAGCCUCUGACUGACCUGACCGUCUGCGAGGGUGACAUCGCUCAGCUGGAGGUCAGGUUCUCCCAGGAGAACGUUGAAGGAACCUGGAUGAAGAGCGGGCAGCCGGUCACGGCCUCAAACCGUGUGCACAUUGUUAUUGACAAACAGAUCCACAAACUUCUGAUUGAGGACACCAACAAAGAUGACUUUGGAGUGUACUCGUUUGUGGUUCCCGCUCAGGAGAUCUCGACCUCUGCAAAGCUGGUCAUUCAGACAAUUGGCAUCUUGAUCCCACUGAAGGACACAAGUGCCGUUGAAGGCACCAAGGCGGUCCUGGAGACCAAGAUCUCCGCUCAGGAUGUCAGCUCAGUCAAAUGGUACCACAACAACAAUCUGCUGAUCCCCAGUGACCGAAUCCAGAUGGUGGCGAAGGGGUCAAAGCAGCGACUGGUCUUCAACAGGACCUACGCCUCCGAUGAAGGACAGUACAAACUGGUGGUCGGCCGAGUCGACACCAGCUGCAAAUUUUCUGUUCAGACUGUCCAGAUUGUGAAGCCCAUAAAGGACCGGGAGUGCUCCGAGUCUGAGAACGUCACAUUUGAAGCCGAGGUUUCUCACCCGGGCAUCGACGCCUUCUGGACCUUCAAGAGGCAGCCGCUCAAAGCCGGCUUCAAGUACAAGAUGGAGUCCAAGAACAAGCGCCACACCCUGACUGUCAUGAACGCAAUGAAGGACGAAGAGGGCGAGUACAUGUUCGCCGCCGGUGAGAAGAUGUGCAGAGCUUCACUCACCGUAUCGGGUGGCGCUAUCAAGAAGCCCCUGCGUGAUUUGAUGGUGGCUGACUCCCAGACCGCCGUGCUAGAGUGCGAAGUCGCCAACCCCUCCGCCGAGGGCAAGUGGCUGAAAGACGGCCAGCCUGUCGACUUCAACGAGAACACGCUGAGCGAGGUGAAGGGCGCCGUCAGACGCCUCGUCAUCAUCAUCACCAGAGCCACAGACGUCGGAGAGUACACCUAUCAGGUCGCCACCUCCAAGACCUCAGCCACCCUGAAAGUCGAGGCUGUAAAGGUCAAGAAGACCCUGAAGAACCUGAAUGUGGUCGAGACUCAGGAUGCAGUAUUCAACCUAGAGCUGACCCACGAGGAUGUGAGGGGGGCGCAGUGGAUCAAGAACGGCAUCGAGAUCCUGCCCAGCGAGAAAUUUGAGAUCACUAUUGAAGGCACAGUCCACACCCUGAAGAUCAAGAACUGCACCACACAGGACGAGUCUGUUUACUCUUUCAAACUGGGAAAACUUUCCGCAAACGCCAGGCUGAAUGUUGAAACCAUCAAGAUCCUGAAGAAGCCAAAGGACGUGACAUCACUUUUGGGUGCAGCUGCCGUAUUCGAGCUGGGCAUCUCCGAGGACAACAUCCCUGUGAAAUGGAUGUUCAAAAAUGUGGAGCUGAAGCAAAACGAGCACUUCAGGAUGCUGUCUGAGAAGAAGACCCACAAACUGAUAGUCCAGGACGUGGACAACAGCAAAGAGGGAGAGUACACGGCUGUGGUGGGCCACCUCAAGUGCAGCGCUCGCCUCACCGUCGAGUCCCUGCGAGUCACCAAACCCUUAAAGAGCGUGAAGGUCCCGGAGACCCAGGUGGCCACGUUCGAGUGUGAAGUUUCUCACUUCAACGUGCCGUCCACCUGGCUGAAGGACGGCGUGGAGAUCGAGAUGAGCGAGAAGUUCAGGAUCGUGGUUCAGGGGAAACUCCACCAGCUGAAGAUCAUGAACACCAGCAAGGACGACUCUGCAGAGUACACCUUCAUCUGCGGGAACGACAGAGUCUCUGCGACGCUCACCGUCAGCCCCAUCCUCAUCACAACGAUGCUGCAGAACCUGAACGCUCAGGAGAAAGACACGGUCACGUUUGAGGUGAACGUCAACUACGAGGGAAUCACGUACAAAUGGCUAAAAAACGGCGUGGAGAUCCGGUCCACGGACAGAUGCCAGGCUCGCUGCAAACAGCUCACUCACACUCUGAGCAUCAGGAACGUUCACUUUGGAGACAGCGCGGAGUACAGCUUUAUGGCCGGCUCUGCAGUAACUACAGCUAAACUCUAUGUUGAAGCCCGUGUGGUUGAAUUCACCAAACAUCUGAAGGACCUCAAGAUCACAGAGAAGAAAAGAGCCACUUUUGAAUGUGAAGUUUCUGAACCGAACAUCCAGGUGAUGUGGAUGAAGGACGGUCAGGAGCUGGAGAUGUCCGACAGAUAUAAAAUGUCUUCAGAUAAAUUCGUGCACCAUCUGGUUUUGCCGUCAGUCCGCCAGUCUGACGCCGGAGAAUACACCGCUGUGGCCGGGUCAAGCAUGUCCAAGGGCCACCUGGAAGUCGGGGGUCGGGACGUCAAAAUUUCAGAGCCCGCUAGCAGGGACGUCACUGUUGUUGAGAAACACAGAGCGACCUUCGAGUUCGAGGUGAACGAGGACGACGUGGAGGGUCGCUGGCUGCGGAACGGGGUGGAGAUCCAGAUCUCGGUGGAGGAGAGGUUCAGCUACGUCACCAUCAGGAAGCUGCACCGCCUCACCAUCUCCGAGACCUACAGGAGCGACGCCGGGGAGUACACCUUCAUCGCCGGCAAGAACAGGAGCACCAUGAACCUUCAUGUCAGACUGCCUGAGCCUCCUCAGAUCGUCCACCACAUGCAGCCCCAGAAAGCCAUGUCUGGAAGAUCAGCUCGCUUCUCGGUGCAGGUGAGCGGCAUCCCUCAGCCUCAGGUGCUGUGGUACAAAGACUCCCAGGCCCUGACCACCAGCUACAAGUGCAAGUUCCUCCAUGACGGAGACGAGCACUCGCUGCUGCUGCUCGAAGUCUUCCCCGAAGACGCCACCGUCUACAGCUGCGAGGCCAAGAACGACUACGGAGAGGCGACAAGCUCCGCCCAGCUCACAGUGGAAGUUCCUGAAGUAGCUGAAACGGCGGCUCGGGUCUCUGCUCCGGUCCUCAUUGCUCCCAUGCGGGACAUCCUGGUGGCAGAGGGACAGCCUGCCCAGUUCCAGUGCACUGUCUCUGGGGAAGAUCUGCAGAUUUCCUGGUUCUGUAAUGACCGAGAGGUCAGACAGUCAGACAUCUUCAGAAUGUCUCAUUAUGGUGAAACCUGCCAGUUGGACAUUUCCAGAGUUCUCUCCGACCACGAAGGAGAGUUCUCAUGUGUUGCCGCUAACUCGGCAGGAAUGGCCAGAUGUGCUGCGAGUCUGAACAUCGACGUAACUGCAGUGGAGACGGAAGCUAUGUUUCAGCUCCAGGAGGAGGUGAAAGCUUUCUCUAGUUCAACCAUCACAGUGGAAGAAGAAACCCAGGAGUCGUACUACACUGGACUGAAGUUACCAGAUAAAGCCAGAACACUUGAACUUAAGCCAGAGUCCAAACGCUACUCCAGCUCUUUGGAGAAGAAAAAAGAAAAACCAGUUUUUCUCAGUGAACUUUCUCCAGCGGCUGUGACUGUUGGAGAAACUGCUACGUUUACCGUUAAAGUGUCCGGUUUCCCUAAGCCCACUGUUCAGUGGUUCCAUAACGGGCAGACCGUAACAGGUUCGUCAGUUUAUACCUUCGUUCACGAGCGAGAUGAGUACAGCUUGGUCAUUACCAAAGUUCAGAGGGAGUAUGAAGGAGAGUACUCCUGUACUGUCAGUAAUAGAUUCGGCCAGUCGACUUGCACUUCUUAUUUGCAUGUUCAGGUGACAGAGCCAGAAAGAGAGGAUAAAGUUAGCACUAGAACGCUUGUACCAACUGGCAAACCCCCAGAAUUCACUAAAACUAUAGAGUCUCUCCAGCUGUCUGAGGGAGGCCAGGCAUUCUUCAGGUACACAGUGACCGGACAUCCUCUCCCUGAGAUUCAGUGGCUCAAAGGCAGUUUCCACAUUCAGCCUAGUGGUUUCUCUAUCAUUGUGAACAACCCAGAUGGAUCUGGCUUUAUUAAUAUUAAGAGUGUCAAACAAGAGCACAGCGGCGUCUACACCUGUAAGGCCUCCAACCAAUAUGGGGAAGCCUCCUGUACCGCCGAGCUGCUGGUGUUCAGGGAGAAAGUUCAGCAAGAGCACACGAUGGUUAAGAAAGCUAAAGGUUUGAAAAUAUCCAUGACUGAACAAACAACAGAAUCCAGAUUACAGCAGGAAAGGACUCUGGCUGAUCAGAUGAUUUAUACCAUUAGCACUGAUGACCGGCAGAUUAUUCCCAGUGAAGAAGCAGGAACCCUCAGAGAGCUCGAUAUCUCUGCUGCCACCAUUCAUCGAGAGCAGCUUACCCACCAGGCAGCAGUGCUGCAGUCUCAUGAAAUACAGGAGAGGGUUUCUUUGGCUCCAACUCAUCCAGCCCAGGUCUCCGCUGUUCCUAUGAAACAGCUUCAUGUAGCGACCUACUUAUCGUCCGUCCAGGAGAGACAAAAGAUCACUGAGCAGCACUCCGAACCGAUUCUCAGUCCUGAGGUUGUAGAACUUGAGAUAGCCAAAGAGCAGCCAUCAAAACUCAUGUCAGCCACAAGUGAAGAGGUCCUCCCACUCACCACAGUGAGAGCUGAGGCCUUAACGGACCGGGCUCCAGAGCAUAUGAAGACUUUGAAUGAACCCAGGCAGCUCGUUAGCUGUCACCAAGUAGAGGCCGCUCUUCCCAUCCUUAAUGAAACUUCAGCCGUCACCCACAGGCCAGAGGAAGAGAGGAGUUUCAGAGUCACCGAGGGGGUUAAGAUUUUAUACUCUGCUCAGUCUUCAGGGCAACUGCCAGUCACAGAAAGACACUCUGAGCCUCUGCCAGCUUUAGAUGCAGCCACUCAACCCUGUUUUGGCAAAGAGAAAUCUAAACCAGUGGUAGCCCCAGUAAGUGAAACUAAAGUGGCUUUAUCCAAGGAACAGAUAUUUGAAAUACACAGACCAGAGCAGGAGAGAAUCACUCCACGCAAAGACACGGUCUGUAAGUCAGCUCUAACUGCUGAAGAGAAAUACGAACUCCAAGGUGAACAGGCAGGACAGGUGCCAGGUUUAGCAUCUUCUAUGUGUCUGCAGCCUCAGCGGGAGGGAGAAAGACUCCUGAACCUGCAGGUUGUGAGUGAUCAGGAUGUUUUAGAGUCUGAGGGUAGGUUCAGCACCGAAAAGCCUGCUGCAGAGCAGGCAGAAGUGAGAAAGAGUCCAACUUUGUUGCAUUUGGUGACUCAAGACGAGCAAAGAACUGCGGUUUGCGAGGCAACUUCAGAGUUCUCAGCCACGACUGACGCCAUGUCCGUUCAGCCGAAGAAAGAGUUACCACAAAGAACAUACGUUCAGUCAGUUCAUUCUUUAUCAGUUUUCCCAAAAGAAGGCAUACUUACCAUCACCAAACCUGACCAGCAGGUGGCAACGCAGAAACAGGAAAAGGCUAGAAGGCAUGCAGCUACCUCAGAGGAGAGAAGGGAGAUGACAGCAGAUUAUCACAAAGAUCUCGAUGUGUCGGUGACCGGGGUUCAGUCACAGCUUCGAACUGAGCCCUGGCCUUCCAGCAUCCUCACAGUCUCCUCACAGCCCAUGCAGCUGCCGAAGGAGAUGCCUUUCGUGACCGACGUUAAGCAGCAGCGAGCCCUAGUCCAGAAAGAGGAUUACUGGAAUAUCAUGCACUCUUUGAAGGUCACUGACACUCAGACUCUGGAGGAGGGUCACACCGUUAGCAUUAAAACUGAUGAGAAAUUCAAGCCUGAGAUGAAAACUGAGCCUAAGAUCCCCAAAAAAACUAUAUUUAUAGAGGAGAAAGCCGUUGCCACUGAAAGAUGUACUGCAAUAGAAGCCGCUGAGCAAGACUUUGCAGUCCAGAUCCAGGAGGGCCAGUCAGUGCGACAGUCAGUGUUGCUAGAAGAAAAGCAGGUCAUAACAGGAGAGCAGUCAAGUGCGAUACAUAAAUGUGAGGGCUUGACUGUCAGCGUCAUGACACAGCCUAAAGGAGUCCUGUUUGUUCACGAGUCUCAGGACACUCAGACUCUACCUAAAGAACUCAACUUUGUCAUUCAGAUUCCCAAAUCAUCGAGUUUAAAUAUACGACAUCAGCUCAGAGACUCUCUACAGUCUGCUGUGGCCAGUGACCAGCCAGUGUUACUAGCCGAUGUCGUAGGAAGGUUACAGGCUGUAGAGGUACAAGAAGUGACGGUUCAGAGAGAGCCCAAACGGGCCACGCAUACAUACCUGAUCACAACACCAGGUGCCCCCAUGGAGAUCACGCUGUCUUUUGAAGGUGAAUACCCUCAGACAGCUGACCUCAGGUCUGAACUCCAGGUAGCUCUGCAUGCUAUGGUUUUCCAGGAGCAGCAAAGUCUUACAUCAGAGCAACCAGGUACCAUGCAGACCGACAAGCCUCAGAAAGCGCUGGUCAGGUCAGCGACCUCCAAAGAGGUGUUGUCAUCUGUGGUGGACACCGUGAUAGUGGCAGAGAGUGCAGUUGGGUUUCCUCCUGCUAUAUCUCACUCAGCAGCUGUCAAAACUGAAGCCACAGCUUCUUUCCAAAGCGCAACAGUUAGUAGUCAGUCUGAGGUGCAUGAAUCUAUGAAGGUCAGCGGGAAGACAGUCAGGUCAGAGGCCACCACUGCUGAAUUCACCAGAGAGGAGUAUCUUUCAGAGGCAGUUAUGAUCAGCGAGUCCUCUGACACUCUGGUGGAUUAUCCUGUUGUCAUUGAUUCUCUGGAAGACGUUUGCGCUGAGGAAAAUGGUAUGGCCGUUUUUACUGCAACUAUAAAGUACGUCAGCAAGGUAAACUGGUUUUUCAAUGGCCAAUUGGUGAAAUCUGGCAAAGAGUUCAAGUGUUCUAAAGACCACAACACAUACACACUAGUUAUCGACAAAGUUGUCAAGGAGAAGCAUCAAGGACAGUAUGUCUGUGAGGCUGAGAGUGAAGCUGGCAAGACUACAACAUCUUCAAGACUCACUGUGGUCUCAAGAGUGAAACCUGUGUUCAGGCACAAAAUUGUCCCUGUGGAGAUCAACAUCGGCAACAUUGCCAAGUUUGAAUGUGAAACUGAGGAUGCUCCAAACGUGAGCUUCAAGUGGUCCAAAGAUGGACACCCCAUUAAAGAGAGUGAUAAGUGCAGGAUUAUCAGUCGCUUCAGCCGUUCCAGUCUGGAGCUUCUGAGCCCAACCAAGGAUGAUAGCGGUGAAUACACCUGCCGGGCAUCCAAUCAGCACGGCAGUGACGAAUGCUCCGCCUCUCUCAGCGUGACAGAACAAUUCCCUCCUACCUUUAUAACUAAACCUGACCAUCAGACUAUGUAUGUUGGAAAGAGGGCAAUUAUUCAGUGUGUAAUAGCAGGAUCUGCACCACUGAAUGUGCAAUGGCUCAAAGACAACCAGGCCUUGCCCAAAGUGCCUGCACACUACCAAACCUCUUGUGAAAAUAAUAAGCACACUCUUGAGAUUACCAAGCUUGAGCCAGCUGACCGGGGCCUUUAUGUGUGCAAGGUGUCUAAUAAUGUUGGGACGGCUGAGUGCAGCAUGGAGCUGCGUGUUAUUGAUAAGCCCAACUUUAUAAAGGCCCUGGGGCUGGUCGCUGGUGUGGUGGGAGCUCCUCUGCACCUGGAGUGUCAAGUGGAUGAGGACACUGGAGUAACUGUCACCUGGACCAGAGAUGGUAGAAAGGUCCAUCAGUCUCCAGACUGUAAACUGUCGUUUGAGGAUAAGACAGCUACUCUUGAUAUCCUAAAGACCACACUGAAAGAUUGUGGAAAUUAUGUGUGUACGGCGGCAAAUGAAGCUGGGAGUGCAACUUGCUCCAGUUCGGUGAAGGUACAAGAGCCGCCAGUCUUUGUAAAGAGGCUGGAAGCAACCACAGUUUGGAAGCAAAGCAGUACUGCUCGGCUGCUGUGCACCGUCAAAGGAUCGCCUGAGCUUCACACCACCUGGUUCUUUAAUAACAGCGAGCUGUCUGCUGGUGGCAGAUAUGACAUCAGUCUGAAGGAUGGUGUCAGCACUCUUGUGAUACAAGAUGUCAUGUUGAGUGACAGUGGAAACUACACCUGUGAGGUUCUUAAUGAGUCUGGGUGUGAAAGCUGCAGCACUAAAGUAACAGUGAAAGAACCGCCGUCUUUCAGAAAGGAGUUACUUUCUGUAGAGGCGGUCAGAGGAUCUGUAGCCAUACUGGAGUGUGAGAUCGCAGGCUCUCCACCUUUUGAGGUGGCCUGGAAAAAGAAUAAGAAACGCCUGUCUGCAGAUAAGAAGCACAGAAUAGUGUCACAGGGAUCCCUGACCUCUCUGGAGAUCCACUCAUUUGAGAGCGCUGACGCUGGUGAAUACGAAUGUGUCGUGUCAAAUGAGGUUGGGUCAGUAACCUCCAAGUCAGUGACUAAACAGAAAGAGCCACCUAUGUUCUCUAAGAGGAUUGAGAGUGCUACAGCAGUGUUGGGAAAUACAGUGAAGCUACAGGGAACCGUAAAAGGCUCAGCUCCCAUCACAAUCAAAUGGUUGAAAGACUCUGAGCUAGUAAGAGAUGACGAUCCAAAUGUCAAAAUGACAUUUGAGAACAACAUUGCCAGCAUUUCCUUCUCAUCUGUUGAGAUAAAACAAGGCGGCAAGUACACUUGUCUUGCUGAAAAUGAGGCGGGACAGCAGAAAUGUGAAGCUGUCCUAUCAGUUCAAGAACCUGCUAGGAUCUUAGAGAAAGCCGCGUCCAUCAGUGUGACUGCAGGGGAGUCGGCCACAUUGGAGUGCACAAUUUCUGGAAGCCCAGACCUCAAAGUGAAAUGGUUUAAAGACGACAAAGAGAUGAUCAGUGGCCGUAAAUAUAAACUGAUGGUGAAGAAGAACACUGCCAUCUUAAAGAUUCUCACAGCAGAUAAAGGAGACACUUCAGAGUACAAGAUGGAGUUGUCCAAUAAAGUCGGGAAAGACCAGUGCACCUGCUCAGUCACUGUAAUAGAUCGUGCAGUUCCACCAUCCUUCACCAAAACCCUAAAGAAAGUGGAUGGGAGUAUUGGUAGUCAUGUUACAUUGGAAUGCAGAGUUGCUGGAUCUCAGCCGAUGGCUGUUUCUUGGUACAAAGAUGAUAAAGAAAUCCACAGUGAUCACAAAUAUAAGCUUGAUUUCAGUGAGAGUACAGCCUCUGUGACGAUAACCAGCCUGGAGCAAAGUGAUGGGGGAGUUUAUACAUGCCGAGCCUCUAAUGAUGCUGGGGAAAAAGAGACCAGCGGUACUUUGUCCGUCAAAGAAGCUCCAACAUUUACAAUGAAGCUUGAGCCUUACCAGCUGCUGAAAACUGGAGAACCUCUGAAGUUGUCCUGCAAAGUGCAGGGCACCCCUGUUAUUAGCAUCACAUGGUUUAAAAAUGGCUCAGAAAUUGCUUUAGAGCACAGAUACACAAUGUCCUUCGACACCUCAAUAGCAACUCUGGAGAAAGAGAACUGCUCUGUAGAGGACAGUGGAGAGUAUGUCUGUAUAGCGUCCAGCGAGGCCGGCAGAGACCAGUGCAGCAGCUCAGUGUCAGUGAAAGAGCCUCCGGUGUUUGUGAGGCCUUUUGAAUCAGCUCAGCUUGUAAAGGGAUCCAACAUUAUCUUGGAAGGAACCAUUUCGGGCUCCCCUCCAUUUGAAAUAAGUUGCUUCUUCAAUGAUAAGCUGAUCAGAAACGACCACAGGCGUAAGAUCAGUGUUGAAAACAACACCGUCACUCUUCAGAUCUCAGACUGUGAGAGCGGAGAUGCUGGGACAUACCGCCUGCAGUCUGAUUUUUGUGGCCUUCUCUCACUAGAACCACCAUCAUUUGUUCAGAGACUAGAGGAUAAGUCCUGCAUGGUGGGCUCUGAGAUCUCUAUGAAGUGCAUGUUGUCUGGAUCACUUCCCAUGACAUUCUCCUGGAUCAAGGAUGAUCAUGAGCUCAAAGAAGAUGAGCAUUUUCAGAUGUCCUAUGAAACCAAAAGUGCCGUGUUGAAUUUGAAAAAUGCUCAGUUAGCACACGGCGGGAAAUAUGUCUGUCAGGCACAGAACAAAGCGGGAACUCACAGAUGUGCCGCUGUGCUCACAGUGACAGAAACAGCAAGUAUUUCAGAACAUGCAAAGUCCAUCAGUGUAACCCAGGGUGACCCGGCCAGGCUUGAAUGCAGAUUCUCAGGCACCAAACCGCUCAAGUCCAGAUGGAUGAAGGCGGGAAAGGAGCUGACCUCAGGCCAGAGAUACAAAAUCCAGCGCACAGAAUCCAGCUCUGUGCUCACCAUUAUUACAACAGAGAAAAGUGAUAGUGGUGAAUACACCUUUGAGGUUUCAAACUAUGCCGGGUACAAUUCUUGUGUGGCAGCCAUUACUGUCUUAGAUCAGAUUAUUAAACCGUCUUUCACAAGAGAACUGGAGGAGACAGAAGGUAUCAGAGGAUCGUUUGCUCAUCUGGAGUGUCUUGUAUCCGGCUCCCUGCCGAUGGUGAUACAGUGGUACAAAGAUGAGAAAGAGAUCCAGACUGAUGAGAAACACAAAUCCACAUUUUUUGAAAAUGUUGCUUUUCUGGAAAUCAAUCAUCUUGACAGUAAAGACAGCGGCAGCUACACCUGCAUGGCUACAAACAAGGCAGGAUCCAUCCAGUGCUCAGGGAUUUUGUUUGUUAAAGAACCACCGUGCAUUCUUGAAAAGCCUGAAUCCAUGAGUGUUUUGCCUGGCUCAAAGGUUAAGAUUAAUGUUCGUAUCUCUGGCACGCCACCGCUGACCAUCAAAUGGUUUACAAACAAGAAAGAGAUUUUAUCCAGUGCCGACUGCUGUGUGAUUAAAGACAAGAGCUUCAGCUCACUGGAGCUGUUCUAUGUCAAAGCUUCUGAUUCUGAACCCGCCUUUUUCAUUGAAAAACCUGAAUUCAUGUCAGUUGUGCGAGUAGGAGACAGUAAGGUGUUUGAGUGCAAAGUUGCUGGUACUCCAGAGAUCUCUGUGCAUUGGUUCAGAGAUGGAGCAGAGAUUCACCAAAGUGUCAAACACAAGAUGUCGUUUUUCAAAUCUGUAGCCACCUUAGAGAUUCGUCAAGUUAGUGAAAAUGACAGCGGGAAAUACUUCUGUGAAGCACGCAACGAAGCAGGCUCAGAGAGUUGCACUUUUGAGCUUGAAGUAAAAGAACCUCCGUCGUUUGUUGAAGAGCUGACGUCUCUUGAAGUUGUUAAAGGUUCCACAGCUGUGUUUACUUGCAAAGUGGCCGGAAGUGCUCCGUUUAAAGUGUCAUGGUUCAAAGAUAAAAAGCCAAUCAAAUCCAGCCAGAAGUAUGUUAUCAUUGAUAGUGACAAUGUGAGCUUGAAAAUCCAGGACUGUAAAGUGGAAGAUGUUGGUACUUAUCGGUGCGUGGUAGCCAGUGAGGUUGGGAGUUGCUCUGUCUUUGCAGCUUUGUCUCUGAAAGUCCCUCCAACUUUUGUCAAGAAGAUAGAAAAUGCCUCCGCUAUUCUGAAAGAUGCCGCUGCAUUUCACUGCACCGUGGAAGGUUCUAUGCCUCUCUCUGUGCAAUGGCAAAAAGACGAUAACUGGAUAUCAGAGGGUACAAAGAUCGAGAGAACGUUUGAGAACAAAGAGGCCACUCUCAGGAUUCCCGUCUGUGAGUCAACUCACAGUGGGAAAUACACCUGCCAGGUCGUUAACGAAGCCGGGCAAGAGAAGUGCUUUGCCACUCUGGUAGUGCAAGAACCACCUACGAUCCAAGAGAAGCCAGAGGUAGUCAAAGUGACUCGUGGAGAUCCGCUGCGCACCACAAAGUUUGAGGAUAAAGGAGUCUACACCUGUGAGGCUCAUAACGAUGCUGGCAGUGCAAGCUGCAGCACUGUUCUCACAGUUCAAGAGUCCCCAUCCUUUAUUAAAACUCCAAACCCAGUAAAGGGCAUUAAAGGAAAAGAUGCCAGCCUACACUGCGAGGUGUAUGGUACUCCACCUUUCCAGGUCAACUGGUACAAAGACAAAAGGCCACUGAAGGAGAGCAGGAAGUAUAAGAUGGUCAGUGAGGGAAGCUCUGCUGCGAUUCACAUUAUGAAACUGGAGGAAGAGGAUGCUGGUCUUUACGAGUGCAAAGUGUCAAACAAUGUUGGAACUGAAUUCUGCCGUACUACCAUUAGCCUAAAAGAACAACCAGCGUUUGCCAAGAAACUGGUCGAUCAGUCGGUGAGAGUCGGUGAGCAGCUGACAAUGACAGCUACAGUGAAAGGCUCUGAACCUUUGACUGUGUCCUGGGUUCAGGACAAAGAUCACAUUCUCCGAGAUGGUGACAAUAGGAAGAUUACCUUUGAGAAUAAUGUGGCCACCCUUGUAGUACCCAAAGCUGACUUGACCACACCUGGUAAAUACACCUGCCAGCUGAGGAAUGACUCUGGAGUAGUGGAGUCUGUCUCCCAAGUGACCGUUCUAGAACCCGCUGGUAUUGUGGAUAACCCAGAGUCCUUAAACGUGAAGUCAGGAGAAAAUACAGCUCUUGAAGUCACAGUAUCUGGCUCGGCAGAACUGAAAACUAAGUGGUUCAAGGAUAACCAAGUGCUCUCUGCUGGUGCCAAGUAUCAGAUGUCCUUCUCAAAGAAGGUUGCUGCCCUGAAGAUUCGUUCUGCUGAUAAAGCAGAUGCUGGAGAAUACAAGCUAGAGGUUACAAACCAUGUUGGCACAGCCUCUUGCAAAAUUAAGCUGUCUGUCUCAGAUAAGUUGAUUCCACCGAGUUUCAUAAGGAAGCUGAGGGACACCCAUCUUCUUGUGGGUAAGCCAGGUGAGAUGGAGUGUAAGGUCACUGGCUCUGCUCCUUUAACAACUUCCUGGUUCCACAACGGCCAAGAGAUCAAGAGUGGGCCAAAUUAUGAUAUUAGCUGCACCGAUAAUAACUGCAAACUGAGAGUUCCAACAAUCAGGAUGUCAGAUUCUGGAAAGUACACAUGUAAAGCUGUAAACACUGCCGGAGCCAGUGAGACGAGUGCUUCAAUGAAUGUGACAGAGCCUCCAUCUUUUGUGGAAACACCUGAAGCAAAGGAAACAUUGCCCGGCAAAAAUGUGUCUUUCUCGGCUAAAGUGAAAGGCAGUUUCCCACUGAAAGUCAAGUGGUUCAGGGGAGCCAAGGAAAUGCAGCAUGGAAGGGGCUGCGAGAUCGUGCUGAAGGACGAUGUUGCCACUUUGGUGCUUCACAAAGUAGAAAAAGUCCAAGCAGGAGAAUACACCUGCCAGAUCAUUAACGAAGCAGGGAAGGAAAGCUGUCCAGUUUACCUGUUUGUGAAAGAACCAGUGCACUUUGUGAAGAAGCUGAGGGACAUUUCCUCUGAAAAGGGCAAGCCCCUGAGGCUCGAGGUCACAUUCGCUGGAACCCCCAGAGUAAAUGUGACCUGGAAGAAGGAUGGUAAACUCAUCUGGGCCUCAUAUCAGUACAAUACAAUCACCACAGACACCUCCGGCAUCCUGGAAGUUCUUAACGCUGACAGGAUGGAGGCAGCCGAACGACCAUACUUUGUUGAAAAGAUGGAGCCAGUGGAGGUAACUGUGGGCGAUGUGGUUACACUGAAAUGCCGUAUUGCGGGAACUCCUGACAUCUCCGUAGCUUGGUUUAAAGCUGACGGAAAGCUGCGCAAGUCCAACACUUGCUCAAUGGACUUCACAAACGGUGUCGCCACUUUGAAACUGAUCCAAACAACCAAGUUCGAUACCAGUGAAUACAUCUGCAAAGCAGAGAACCGGGUCGGUUCAGCCUCUGCCAGCUGUAAUGUGAUGGUGAAAGAACCUGUGCGCUUUAUCAAGAAGCUGGAGGACACUACUUUCAUAGUUGGUCAGCCACUGAAACUAGUCUGCGCAUACACCGGAACCCAGAGGGUCUAUGUCACAUGGAAAAAGGAUGGCAAGCUGAUUUGGGCCUCUUAUCAGUAUAAUGUCAGAACUACUGAUUCAACCUGCGUUCUGGAGGUCCUCAACAGCGACAGGCCUGAGGCAGCUGGAACAUAUACUUGCGAAAUUUCCAAUGCAGCUGGAACCGAUGUCUGUCACGCUCGUGUCAGCCUAGAACCGGCUCGCUUCGUGAAAAAGCUGGAAGACACUUAUUUCAGACUCGGUGAACCUUUGACCCUCAAGUGCACGUACACCGGAAGCCAGAGAAUAUGCGUGACCUGGAAGAAGGACAGCAAACUAAUCUGGGCAUCGUAUAAGUACAACGUCAAGACCACCAAUGACACCUGCAUCUUGGAAGUCCUCAACAGUGACAGACAAGAGGCCAUCGGAAGAUACACGUGUGAAAUUUCUAAUGCUGAAGGAAUCGAUAUCUGCCAUGCUAAUGUCAAACUAGAACCAGUUCGCUUCGUGAGAAAACUGAGAAACAACUUCUAUAAAAUCGGCCAUCCUCUGACGCUGGAGUGCACAUUUACCGGCAGCCAGAGGAUUUAUGUCAGCUGGAUGAAGGAUGGCAAACCCAUCUGGGCGUCAUACAAAUACAACGUUAAAACUACCAACUUCUCCAGCACUCUGGAUGUUCUCAACAGCGACAGUCGGGAAGCUGUCGGGAAAUACUCAUGCGAGAUUUUGAAUUCAGAGGGCACUGAUAUCUGCCAUGCUAUGGUUAAGAUAGAACCUGUGCGCUUUCUAAAAGAGCUGGAAGACACCACUUUCAGACUCGGCCAGCCGCUGUCGCUAUACUGCGCUUACAGUGCCAGCCCCAAGGUCUAUGUGAGCUGGAGAAAGGACAACAAACCAGUCUGGGCCUCCUACAAGUACAACGUCAAGACCACAGAUAAUUCCUGUGUGUUGGAGGUCCUCAACAGUGACCGGUUAGAAGCAGCAGGGAGAUACUCUUGUGAAAUUUCUAACUCUGAGAACACGGCUAUCUGCUAUGCACAGGUCAAACUAGAACCUGUGCGCUUUGUGAAAAAGCUGGAGGAUAUGACCUUCAGGGUUGGCCAGCCUCUGAGGCUUCAGGUCAUGUACACGGGCAGCCAGCACGUGCACGUGAGCUGGACAAAAGACGGCAAGCCAAUCUGGGCUUCCUACAAGUACAACGUCAAGACUACAGACAACUCCUGUGUCUUGGAGAUUCUCAACAGUGACAGAGAAGAGGCUGCUGGGAGAUAUUCCUGUGAAAUUUCCAAUGCUAGUAGCUCUGCUAUCUGUCACGCUAAUGUCAGACUAGAACCUGUGCACUUUGUGAAAAAGCUUGAAGACACAUCGUACAGUCUGGGUGACCCGUUGAGUCUGACGUGCACAUUCACUGGCAGUAAGCAAGUUCACGUGAGCUGGAUGAAGGACGGCAAGCCGAUCUGGGCUUCGUACAAAUACAACGUCAAGACCACCAAUUCCUCGUGUGUUUUGGAAAUCCUCAAUAGUGACAGAGAAGAAGCUGCUGGAAUCUACUGUUGUCAAGUUUCUAACGCAGAAGGUUCUGCCAUGUGUGACGCUCAUGUCAUUUGUAAAACCUCUAAGAAAGAACCUGCUCGCUUUAUCAGGAAGCUGGAAAACACCACGUUACGAGUCGGAGAAGCGCUGACGCUUAGAGUCGCGUUCACCGGUAGCCAAAGAGUGAAUGUUAGCUGGAGGAAAGAUGGGAGUCUGAUCUGGGCCUCUUAUCAGUACAAUGUCAAGACCACAGACUGCAGCUGCACACUAGAAGUCCUCAACAGUGACCGAGAAGAGGCUCGUGGAAGAUACACUUGCGAAAUUUCCAAUGCCGAAGGCUCUGAUAUCUGCCAUGCUUAUGUCAAACUAGAGCCCGUUCGAUUUGUCAAGAAACUGGAGGACGUCUGCCAUGAGCUGGGUAAGCCAUUACGUCUGGAGUGCACUUAUACCGGCAGCCAGAGGGUCCACGUGAUGUGGAAGAAGGACGACAAGCUGAUCUGGGCUUCUUACCAGUACAACGUCAAAACCACUAACUCCUCCUGCAUUCUGGAGGUCCUCAACAGCGACAGAGCUGCAGCUGCGGGAAAAUACACUUGCGAAAUUUCCAAUGCUGAAGGAACUGACACCUGUCAUGCUCAUGUUAAAAUAGAGUCCAAAGUCCCUCCAAACUUCACCAGGAAGCCCUCUGAGUCCAUGAUGGACUCUGUGGGUAAGACAGUGAAGAUUGAGGGUCGGGUGUCUGGUUCCCAGCCACUGACCGUCACCUGGUACAAGGACAACAACGAAAUCUUCGGCUCUGACAAAUACGAUGUCAGCUUCAAGAACAACGUGGCCGUGCUGUGUGUCAGAGACUCUGUCCGCUCUGACAGCGGUGUCUACACCUGCACGGCCUCCAACGAAGCCGGAAAAGCUUCGUGUCGGGUUUCUCUCUCCAUCUCAGAAACUGACCAGGCUCCGAAAUUUGACGUCCCUCUGGAGCCGGUGACGGUGAACGAGGGGGAAAAGCUGAGUCUCAAAUGCCACGUUCACGGCUCUCCUCCGCUGACCAUCCAGUGGAUGAAGGACAGGAGGGAGCUGAAGUCCAGCGGAAACACCAGAAUCACAUUUGUUGGCGGGACGGCCUGUCUGGAGAUCAGCUCAGUCUCAAAAACCGACAUGGGAGAUUACCUCUGCAAGGCCAGUAAUGCUACCGGCAGCGACUUCUGCAAGUCCAGGGUCACUGUGAAAGACAAAGGAGCUAAGGCCGCCCCCACGGAAGCGGCCGCCCCAGCUGCAGCUGCCCCGGUCAAAAGGCUCGACAACCUUUUCUUCAUCGAGGAACCCAAAAACGUUUCUGUCACUGAAAAGGGCACCGCAACCUUCAUUGCCAAGAUCGGGGGUGACCCGAUCCCCAGCGUGAAGUGGAUGAAGGGCAAAUGGAGGCAGAUCGUCCCUGGUGGUCGUAUUUCCAUCGAGCACAAGGGCGAGGAUGCCAAAAUGGAGAUCAGAGAGGUGACCAAGUCGGACUCUGGUCUCUACAGAUGUGUUGCCACCAACAAACACGGAGAGAUCGAGUGCAGCGCAGAGAUGGAGGUCACCAAAAAGGAAGAAGCGGAAGGAAUUGGAGACGUGAGGACAAGGCUGAAGAAGACUCCAUCGAAGCAGAAGAGUCCCAAGAAAGAAGGAGACAUCGAUAUUAUAGAGUUGCUCAGAGGUCACGACCCCAAGGACUAUGAGAGGAUCCUGCGGGAGCACGGCAUCCACGACUACCGAGCCAUCUUGCAGGCCAUCGAGUUCCUGAAGAAGGAGAAGGAGAUGGAAACUGGAAAAGUGGAGGUGGAGCGUGGCGGCCGGGUUGAAGAGGAGGACAUGGCCCGACUCAUCCAGCAGCUGGAGGGACGCGUCGGCACAGAGCCCGUCUCCGUGAUGGAGGACAUCAGAGACCAGACGGCAACUGAGAACCAGAGCGCGACCUUCCAGUGCAAGAUCCGGAUCAACUACCCGGAGAUCAGUCUCACCUGGUACAAAGGCACCCAGAAACUGGACAACAGCGACAAGUACGAGAUCAGCAGCGUGGGAGACCGCCAUUGUCUGAAGAUCAAGAAGUGCAUGGCCAAAGAUGAGGGCAACUACCGCGUGGUGUGUGGUCCUCACAUCUCCAACGCCAAGCUCACCGUCUCAGAAGAGAAAAAACCUGUUGAAGAAAAAAUUGAGAGGACUCGGGUCGAGAUAAGAGAAGAAAUCCCUGAAGUUCCUGAGGUUUACAGGAGACGAGAGGAGGAAGCUCCGCCUCCAGCUCCAGUCAAAGUACCUGAAGCAAAGAAGCCACAGCCUGAAGUUACUGUCACUGCUCCGGCUCGGCGAGAGGAACCUCCGGCCCCAGCAGAACCUGAGCAAGAAGUGAGCGUUCCCAGAAAGAUCACUCCUGAACCUUAUCAACCGGAGCCAAAACCAGUUCCUUCUGAGCCUAAAGUGGCACCUCAGAAACCAGCUGCGCAUGAGCCUAAAGUGCCCAAAGUUAAGCCUGAACCUGAAGCACCUAAAGUCGAACCUACCAAGAAAACACCAGAAGCCCCUGAACAGAGAGUGCCAGCUGUAGCCAAACCAGAGGAAGCCAUAGUUCAGCCAACUGCUGCUGCCAAGAUUACGCCACCAAAGGUUGAAGAUAGUUUAAAAGCACCAGAGAUACCAAAGUCUGAAGAACCCGUAGUUCAGCCAACUUCAGCCAAGGUUACUCCCUCCACACCGGAUCAUCUUCCAGCUAAAGUACAAGACAUACCCAGACCAGAGGAACCUGUAAUUCCACCGUCUGCACCACGGGUUACAGUUGCAACUAAAGAACCAAAGACAUCUGAACCUCCAAGAAAACCACAUCUGCUGGCUGGUAGACCUGAGACAGAAGCACCGAUGUAUAUCGCUGAAACAAAACCAGAAAAAACACAGAAGGUUCCUGAAGCACCAAAGAAGGUUCCAGAAGAACCCAAAAAAGUACUAGAAGAACCAAAAAAGGUUCCUGAAGCACCAAAGAAGGUUCCAGAAGAACCCAAAAAAGUAUUAGAAGAAAAGCAGAAGGUUCCUGAAGCACCAAAGAAGGUUCCAGAAGAACCCAAGAAAGUACUAGAAGAACCAAAAAAGGUUCCUGAAGUACCAAAGAAGGUUCCAGAAGAACCCAAAAAAGUAUUAGAAGAAAAGCAGAAGGUUCCUGAAGCACCAAAGAAGGUUCCAGAAGUACCCAAGAAAGUACUAGAUGAACCAAAAAAGGUUCCUGAAGCACCAAAGAAGGUUCCGGAAGUACCCAAGAAAGUAGUAGAAGAACCAAAAAAGGUUCCUGACGCACCAAAGAAGGUUCCAGAAGAACCUAAGAAACUACUAGAAGAACCAAAAAAGGUUCCUGGAGCACCAAAGAAGGUUCCAGAAGAACCCAAGAAAAUACUAGAAGAACCAAAAAGGGUUCCUGAAACACCAAAGAAGGUUCCAGAAACACCAAAAAGGGUUUCUGAAGCACCAAAGAAGGUUCCAGAAGAACCUAAGAAAGUACUAGAAGAACCAAAAAAGGUUCCUGGAGCACCAAAGAAGGUUCAAGAAGAACCCAAGAAAGUACUAGGAGAACCAAAAAGGGUUUCUGAAGCACCAAAGAAGGUUCCAGAAGAACCUAAGAAAGUACUAGAAGAACCAAAGAAGGUUCAAGAAGAACCCAAGAAAGUACUAGGAGAACCAAAAAGGGUUUCUGAAGCACCAAAGAAGGUUCCAGAAGAACCAGCGAAGGUUCCGGCUGUAAACAAAAUUUUUACAGAAGCACCAGUAGAGCUGGAAAAAAGUCCAGAGCCUCCAAAAUUUGUAAGAGAGGAACCAGUGCUGCGCCACCAAGCACCAGCACCACCACAAGACUUGGAAACCCCAAAAACAAUUCCUCAGCAACAAGAAACUGUUCUUCCUGCAAAGAAGACCUCUCCUGCACUUUCUAAAGCAGUUGCUGCUCCUAAAGAAGACUUUCAGACAGAAGAAGUGACUCUACCUAAGAAACCUAUCUCUAAAGACAAAGUUGCGCCAACUAAAAGGUCUCAAGUUCCACGGCAGAAAGCUCAUCCCCCUGAAGAAGAAACUCUCCCUUCCAAGAAACCUGCUGCUCUGGCACAAAAAAUACUCACACCCGAGGUAUGUUCUUCUGAAGAACCAAGAUCCACGGCGACUAAACCUCCACCAACAAGAGAAGUCAACAAGAAAACGAAGAAGGGAACACAGGAGAUUGAACAAGAAACUCUUGAGAAAGUGUCUCCUCCAGAGGAGAAGAAACCAUCUGCACCAGCAGCAAAGCCUUCACCUCCUCCUCCUACUCCUCCUUCAGCCAAAGUUGCUCCCUCUGCAGUAUCUCCUCCAGAGCCGAAGAAACCAUCUGCACCAGCCCCAAAGCCUUCACCUGUUCCUCCUGCUCCUGCAGAGAAGGUUGCUCCUCCUGCAGUGUCUCCUCCAGAGGAGAAGAAACCAUCUGCACCAAAGCCUUCUGCUCCUGCUGCUGCUGCAGCCACAGUCGCUCCUGCUGCAGUGUCUCCUCCAGAGGAGAAGAAACCAUCUGCACCAAAACCAAAGCCUCCAGCAGAAAAAGUUCUUCCUUCUGCAGCUCAAGUUGCACCAGUGGAGAAGAAACCCUCUCCACCAGCCGUAAAGGCUGAACCCUCUCCUGUAUCAGAGGAAAUAUCUCCGCCAGAAGACAAGGAACCAGUUUCAGCGCCUGGACCAACUAAAGAUGGAAAACCAACAGAGGAGCCACCAAAAGGCAGAGGCAGAGGAUUUGGGGCGAGACAAACCCCAUCUCCUGGUGACGGUGGCAGGGGCCGGGGCCUGAGGCCAGGCGGGAAAGGCCCGUCACCACCAGAAGAACCCUUCGGGGGAUUCAAGCUCAAAGCCGUCCCCCUAAAGUUCAUCAAGAAGAUUCAGGACAUCGUGUUGCAGGAAGCCGAGUCUAUCGGCUCGUCUGCUGUGUUUGAGUGUGAGGUCUCUCCUUCCACUGCCAUCACGUCAUGGAUGAAGGAUGGCAGUAACCUGCGCGAGGGCCCCAAGCACAAGUUCACUGCUGAUGGCAAAGAUCGCAAGCUGAACAUUAUUGAUGUCCAGCUGUCUGACACUGGAGAAUACACCUGUGUGGCCAAGAACGCUGGAAAGGAAAUAACAUGCACAGCCAAGCUCAUUGUUGAAGAGCUACCUGUAAAAUGGCUGAAAGAACUGGAACCAGAGACAACUUGUAUAAAGGGUCAGCCUAUGUACCUGACCUGUGAGCUGAACAAAGAGAGAGAUGUGAUCUGGAAGCGUAACGGCGCCAUCCUGAAGAAACAGGCUGGAAAAGUGGCCAUUAAUAUCAUUGGUAUGCAGCACGCUGUGACCAUCCAGAACUCCACAGACGAUGACGGCGGCAGCUACACGUGUGAGGUAGACGGACAGGAGGACGUCAAGACGAUGACCCAGGUCAAAGUGAUCGAAAUCAUCAAAGACUGGCUGGUGAAGCCUCUGAGAGACCAGCACGUGAAACCCAAGGCCAAGGCCACGUUCAAAUGCGAGCUGUUCAAGGACACUCCCAACUGGAAGUGGUUCAAAGGAGACAACGAGCUCGUUCCUUCUGAUAAGGUGCAGAUUAACAAAGACGGGAAGGACAUGACGCUCACCAUCAACAACUGCCAGCCCGACGAUGUUUCAGACUACACCAUUGCGGUUGAGGAUCGCAGAUACACGGCCAAGCUCACACUUGGAGAGCGCGAGGCUGAGAUCCUGAAGCCUCUUUCCAGUGUGGAGGUGGUGGAGAAGGAGGAAGCCAACUUUGACACUGAAAUAUCUGAGGAUGAUGUAGCCGGUGAAUGGAAGCUGAGGGGCCAGGUGCUGAUGAGAUCUCCGACCUGCGACAUUAAAGCUGAAGGCCGGAAACGUUUCCUCACGCUGAAACAGGUGCAGCUGGAUCAGGCCGGUGAAGUGUCCUAUCAGGCUCUGAACGCCGUCACCAGCGCCAUGCUCACCGUCAAAGAGGGCGACGCCGUCUUCGUGGUGAAGCUGCAGGAUUACACGGCCACAGAGAAAGACGAGGUGACUCUGGACUGUGAACUAAGCAAAGACGUCCCCGUCGUUUGGUAUCACAGCGAGAAGGAGAUCAUCGCCUCCAAGACGGUGGUCAUGAAGUCGGAGGGCACUCGCAGGUCUCUGAUCCUGAAGAAGGUGGAGCAGAGCAAUAAAGGCAAAUAUGUAUGUGACUGUGGAACAGACAAGACGUCGGCCGUCAUCAACAUUGAAGCUCGUGACAUCAAGGUUGUUCGGCCGAUUUAUGGCGUGGAGCUGUUCGAUGGGGAGACGGCUCGAUUUGAGGUGGAGAUCUCUGCGGACGACGUCCACGGCCAGUGGAAGCUGAACGGAGAAGUUCUCAAUCCUUCCUCUGAUGUUGACAUCAUCGAGGAGGGAGGCAAACACACGCUGAUCCUGUACAACUGUAAAGUGGCCAUGACCGGCGAGGUGUCGUACGCCGCCGCCAACGCCAAAUGUUCUGCUAACCUGAAGGUCAAAGAGCUUCCACUGAACUUCCUCACGUCGAUGAGUGACGUUCAUGUGUACGAGAAGGAUGAGGCCAGGUUCGAGGUCGAGAUUUCGAGACCUCCGAAGAGUUUCCGCUGGCUGAAAGGCUCGCAGGAGCUGCAGAGAGACGAGAAGUACGAGAUGACCCAUGAAGGAAACAUGUACGUGCUGUUGAUCCGAUCGUCUGCCUAUGAAGACGAGGCAAAGUACAUGUUUGAGGCCGAGGACAAGAGGACGACAGGCAAACUCAUCAUCCAGGGUAUCCGCCUGGAGUUUGUCAAACCGAUUAAAGACGUGACAGUGAAAGAGCGCGAAACAGCCGAGUUCAGUGUUGAGCUCUCGCAUGACAAGAUCCCGGUGGUCUGGUACAAAAACGACGUCCGUCUGCUUCCCAGCAAGGUGGUCCACAUGUCGGAUCAGGGAAAGAUCCACACACUAGCUUUCAAAGAGGUCACCAUCGACGACACGUCCAUGAUUAAAGUAGAGGCCAUGGACAAGACUGUGACCGCCAUGCUCACCGUCAUCGAGGGCGACCUGUACUUUACCACCAAGCUGCAGAACUACACUGCUGUGGAAAAGGACGAGGUGAAGCUCGUUUGUGAGCUGAGCAAAGCAGUCGCCGACGUCAAAUGGUUCAAGGACGGGAAGGAGAUCACUCCCUCCAAGAACAUCGCCAUCAGCACCGAUGGCAAGAAGCGCAUCCUGACAGUCAGGAAGGCGGAGAAGGCCAACAUCGGAGAGUACACCUGCGACUGUGGCUCUGACAAAACUAAAGCCAACCUCAACAUUGAAGAGCGCGACAUCAAGGUUGUUCGUCCACUGUACAGCGUCGAGGUCACAGAGACAGAAACCGCCAAGUUUGAGACGGAGAUUUCAGAAGAGGACGUCCACGGAAACUGGAAGCUGAAGGGAGAAGCUCUGCAUCAGUCCGCCGAUGUCGAGAUUAAGGAGGAAGGAACCAGACACAUGCUGAUCCUCUAUAACGUCCGUAUGGACAUGGCCGGAGGCGUCGACUUCUCAGCAGCCAACGCCAAAUCCACCGCACAGCUCCGAGUGAAAGCUCGGUCCAUCGGGCUGCUGCGUCCUCUGAAGGACGUGACGGUGACGGCCGGAGAGACGGCGACCUUCGAGUGCGAGCUGUCGUAUGAAGGCAUCGUGGUGGAGUGGUUCCUGGGAGGACAGAAGAUGGACGCCAGUGAUCGGGUGAAGACGCGCGUGGCGGGUCGGAUUCACACUCUGACCGUCAGAGACGUGAAGCUGUCGGAGGCAGGCGAGGUCAAGCUGACCUCCAAAGACUUCCAGACCCAGGCUCAGCUCAUCAUCAGAGAGCCGCCGGUGGAGUUCACGAAGCCUCUGGAGGACCAGACGGUGGAGGAGGAAGCCACCGCCACGCUCGAGUGUGAAGUUUCCAGAGAGAAAGCAGAGGUACGAUGGUUCAGGGAAGGACAGGAGAUCAGAAAGACCAAGAAGUACGACAUCAUCGCCGACGGCCGCAAGAGAGCGCUGGUCAUCCACGACUGCUCGCCAGACGAUGUGAAGAUGUACACGUGUGACGCCGUAGAGUUCAAGACUUCCUGUUUCCUGGAGGUCACACCUCCUCACGUGGAGUUCACCAAGCCUCUGCAGGAUGUGGAGGUCAAAGAGAAGGAAUCUGCUAAGUUUGAAUGUUCAGUGUCCCGCGAGUCGGCCAAGGUUCGUUGGUUCAAGGACGGCAGUGAGAUAAGGAAAGGAAAGAAGUACGAGAUCAUCGCUAAGGGCGUCCAGAGGAUCCUCAUCGUCCACAAGUCUGCGUUCGACGAUGAGGCCGAGUACGAAUGCGACGCCAGAACCUCCAAGACCUCCGGCAUGCUCACCGUCAUUGAGGAGGAGGCCAGGUUCACCAAGAACCUGUCCAACGUGGAGGGAACGGAGACGGACAGCGUGAAGAUGAUCUGCGAGGUGUCGAAGGCCGCCGCCGAGGUCACGUGGUACAGAGGAGACGAGGAGCUGCCGGAGGGCGGCCGCUACGAGCACAUUACGGACGGACGCAAGAGGAUCCUGAUCAUCCAGGACCUGAGGAUGGAGGACGCCGGAGAGUACAACUGCAGGUUGAGUCCCAGCAUCAGGACGUCCGCCACACUCAAACUCAACGAACUGGCGGCCGAGUUCAUCGCUCGUCCUCAGAACCAGGAGGUGGUGGAGGGCGAGAAGGCCGAGUUCGCCUGCUCCGUCUCCAAAGAAACCUACGAGGUCAGAUGGUUCAGAGGUGACAAGGAAGUCGAAGCCGGGGACAAAUACACCAUCGUCAGCGAAGGAAAGAGAAGAGCUCUUAUUGUGAAAAACUGCCAGCUGAAGGACGAGGGAGGCUACGUCGCCCACAUCGGCAGCGUUAAAGCCGCAGCCGAUCUGUGCGUGAUUGAAAAACUGAGGAUUAUCACGCCAAUUAAAGACACGGAGGUGAAGGAGGGAAGUGAGAUCGUGUUCAACUGCGAGGCGAACGCAGAGGGAGCGAAGGCCAAGUGGCUGAAGAACGAGGAGACUAUAUUUGAGAGCAGCAAGUACAUGAUGGCUCAGAGGGACAACGUCUUCUCCCUGAGGAUCAGAGACGCCCAGAAGGCCGACGAGGCCAGCUACACCAUCAACCUGACCAAUCAGAGAGGAGAGCAGGCCAAGUGCACCGCCAGCGCUAAAGUGGCAGAGGAGAAGCUGAAGUUCCUGGAUCCCAUGGAGGACAUCGAGACCCAGGAGAAGAAGACCAUCAGCUUCGUUUGUAAGGUGAACCGUCCUGAGGUGACGGUGAGGUGGAUGAAGGCCGGCCAGGAGGUGACGCUCAGCAAACGCAUCGUCUACAGAGUCGACGGCCUCAAACACACCCUGACCAUCAAGGACUGCAUCAUGGACGACGAGGGCGAGUACACCGCCGUGGUCGGGGACGACAAGUGCGCGGCCGAGCUGAUCAUCAGCGAGGCGCCGACAGACUUCACGGCGCAGCUCAAAGAUCAGACCAUCACCGAGUUCGAGGACGCCGAGUUCACCUGCAAGCUGAGCAAGGAGAAGGCGGCGGUGAAGUGGUACAGGAACGGACGAGAGAUCAGAGAAGGACCGAGAUAUCACAUGGAAAGAGAAGGCAAGACGUGCAGACUGAUCGUCAAGGUGUGCAGACCUGAUGAUGAAUGUGAAUACGCCUGUGGUGUGGACGAGAGGAGGAGCAGAGCCAGGCUCUUCGUUGAAGAGACCCCGGUGGAGAUCGUCAGACCUCCUCAGGACAUGUUCGAACCUCCGGGCUCAGACGUCGUGUUCGAGGUGGAACUCAACAAGGACAGAGUGGAGGUGAAGUGGAUGAGGAACAACAUGAUCCUCGUCCAGGGAGACAAGUACCAGAUGAUUAGUGAGGGGAAAGUCCACAGACUGCAGGUCUGUGAGAUCAGACCUCGGGACCAGGGCGAGUACAGGAUCGUGGCCAAAGACAAGGACGCCAGAGCCAAGCUGGAGCUGGCGGCUAUUCCAAAGAUCAAAACCACCGACCAGAAUCUGGUAACAGAUGCAGGUAAGCCCUUCGUUAUGAGCGUGCCCUAUGACGCCUACCCUCGCGCAGACGGCGAGUGGUUCUUCGAGGGGGUCAGUUUGCCCGUCCAGAACAUCGACACCUCCGUCGACAGGACCGAGUACCGUCUAAAGAGCCCCAGCAAGGAGGACAAGGGCCGGUACAAGGUGGUGAUCAAGAACAAGCAUGGUCAGGGAGAGGCGUUCAUCAACCUGGAUGUGAUUGAUGUUCCCGGACCCGUCAAGAACCUGAGAGUGGUAGACACAGCCGAUGGUGAGGUGAGUUUGGCCUGGGAAGAGCCGGAGAGCGACGGCGGAAGCAAGAUCAUUGCCUAUGUGGUGGAGAGACGCGAUGUGAAGCGUAAGACCUGGUCGCUGGCUACGGAUCGUGCUGACACUCCAGAGUACUGUGUCAGCGGCCUCCAGAAGGACUCCAUGUACCUGUUCAGAGUCUGUGCCCGAAACCGUGUCGGCAGCGGACCCAUCGUCGCCACUGAGGACGCUGUCCAGGCCAAGAACAAGUUUGAUGUUCCAGAUGCUCCGGAGAACGUCGCCCUCGGCGUGGUGAACAGGUUCGGUGCCACCGUCACCUGGGAGCCUCCCAAAUUUGACGGCGGCUCUGAGAUCACAGCCUAUGUGAUUGAGCUCCGCGACAGGACCUCCGUGAAGUGGGAGGCGGCCAUGGUCUGCGGCGCCAACGACCGCUCAGCCGUGCUGAACGAUGUAGUGGAGAACAAGGAGUACAUCUUUAGAGUCCGGGCCGAGAACAAGGCCGGCAUCGGCAGGCCCAGCGCCGCCACCUCACCCGUCAAGAUCAUGGAUCCCAUUGAGAGGCCGAGCCCGCCUCUGAACCUGAACUUCAGCGACCAAAUCAAGACAGCGGUCACAUUGACCUGGGAGACGCCCACCAGCAACGGCGGCAGCAUGAUCACCGGCUACAUAAUCGAGAAGUGCGAUGACGGCACUGACAAGUGGCUCCGCUGCAACGCCAGACUGUGUCCUGACCUCUCCUACCGGGUGUCUGGUCUGAAACCUGGUCAGAAUUACCUCUACAGAGUUUGUGCUGAAAACGCCGCUGGCCUCUCAGAUCCAACCGAUAAACUUGGGCCGCUGCUCGCCGACGACCCUCACGUGGGUCCGACCUUCGACCUGAGCGCCUUCAGGAACGGCCUGGAGGUGAUCGUCCCUCAGCCUCUCACCAUCAGAGUCCCCAUCACCGGAUACCCGACCCCCGUCGCCAAGUGGACCUUCGGAGAGAAGGAGCUGACCGCCGCAGACGAUCGUGUCUCCAUGGUGACAAAGCCCACGUACACGGAGCUGACCAUCACACCGAGCGUCCGCCCGGACAAAGGCACCUACACCCUGCAGCUGGAGAACGACGUCACGUCCGUCUCUGGAGAGAUCGAAGUCAACGUCAUAGCAUGCCCCAGUGCUCCUAAGGACUUCAAGGUGUCCGAGGUCACCCGACACCACGUCCACCUGAUGUGGGAGGCUCCAGAGCACGAUGGAGGAAGUCCGGUCAGCCACUAUCAGAUCGAGAAAAGAGAAGUGUCUCGCAAGACCUGGGCCAAGGUGGCUACUGGAGUCCUGGACCUGGAGCACACAAUAACAGAUGUGAUUGAAGGAAAGGAGUACCUGUUCAGUGUCACCGCCUGCAACAAAUGUGGACCCGGAGAACCGGCCUACAUUGACGAGCCCGUCAACGUCUCCUCUCCUGCCACUGUACCCGAUCCUCCUGAGAACCUGAAGUGGCGGGAUAAGAGCGCCAAGGGCAUCUUCCUGUCCUGGGAGCCUCCGAAGUACGACGGCGGUGCCCCGAUCAAAGGCUACGUGGUGGACAAGUGUCAGCGUGGUACAGACAAGUGGGAACCCUGCGGGGACCCAAUCCCUGAACUGAAGUUCCAGGUGACUGGCCUGAUUGAGGGCCAGUGGUACGCCUACAGAGUCCGAGCUUUCAACAAGUUGGGAGCCAGCCGACCGUGCAGGGCCACCGACGAAAUCCAGGCUGUUGACGCCAGAGAGCCUCCAGAGAUUCAGCUGGAUGUGAAGCUGCUGGCCGGUCUGACCACCAGGGCCGGUACCAAGAUCGAGCUUCCCGCCGAAGUCAAAGGAAAGCCCGAUCCCCGGGUGAAGUGGACCAAGGCUGACCUGGUCCUGCGGGCCGAUGACCGUAUUGCCAUUGACACUCAGCCGGGACACUCCAAGCUGUCCAUUGGCAACACCACAAGAGGAGACACUGCCACCUACAUCAUCGAGGCAGUCAACGCCUGCGGACGCGCCACCGCCACCAUCGAUGUCAACAUUCUCGAUAAACCCGGCCCCCCAGCUGCCUUUGACAUCUCCGAGAUCACCAACGAGUCGUGCUUCCUGGCGUGGAACCCUCCCAGGGACGAUGGCGGCUCGGCCAUCACAAACUACAUUGUGGAGAAUCGGCAGAUCGAUAAAGAGGAAUGGGUGAAGAUGUCGGCCACGGUGAAACACACCACUUUCAAGGCAUGCAAGCUCACCGCUAUGAAGGAGUACGUUUUCAGGGUCAGCGCUGAGAACCAGUACGGCAUUGGUGAACCUGCAGAGCACGUGCCAAUCGUUGCCAAGUAUUCCUUUGAUCCUCCUGGCUCUCCAACCAGAGUCACUCCCUCCGACAUCGCCAAGGAUGCCGUGACUCUGACCUGGUUCGAGCCUGACGAGGACGGCGGCAGUCCCAUCACGGGAUACUGGGUGGAGAAGUUUGAUCCAGAGACUGACAAGUGGAUCAGAUGCAACAAACUGCCCAUCAAGGACACGACCUUCAGGGUGAAGGGCCUCCCCACCAAGAAGAAGUACCGUUUCCGUGUUCUGGCUGAAAAUCUGGCUGGACCUGGAAAACCGAGCGUAGAGACCGAUCCCAUCCUCAUCAAAGAUCCCAUCGAUCCCCCAUGGGCUCCUGGUAAGCCUGUCAUCAGGGACAUUGCUAAGACCUCGGCUCUGCUGGCGUGGACUAGGCCGGAGCACGAUGGCGGGGCAAAGAUCGAAGGCUACAUCAUCGAGUUCCAGAAGACUGGAAGCGAGGAGUGGAUCCGCAUCGCAGAGGACGUUCCUCAGACUGAGCACCAGCUGCAGGGCCUGAUAGAGAAGCAGGAGUACUCAUUCCGGGUCAAGGCUGCCAACAAGGCCGGCGAGAGCGAACCCAGCGAACCCAGCGACCCCGUGGUCUGCAAGGAGAGACUUUAUCCUCCAUCCGCUCCUCAGUGGCUAGAAGUGACCAACAUCACUAAGAUCAGCACCGACCUGAAGUGGCAGGCUCCCAGCAGUGACGGAGGCUCGCCCAUCACCAACUACGUGGUGGAGAAGAGGGAUGUGAGGCGGAAGGCCUGGCAGGCUGUUGACACCACCAUCAAGGAGCUCAAGUACACAGUGACCCCUCUUAAUGAAGGAUCGCUGUACGUGUUCCGCGUCGCAGCCGAGAACGCCGUGGGAAUGAGUGAAUUCUGUGAGCUGGAGGACGCCGUGCUCGCCAAAGACACUUUCACAACUCCUGGACCUCCUUACGCCCUGACGGUGGUGGAGGUCUCCAAGAGACACGUGGAGCUGAAAUGGGAAGCUCCCAAAAGUAACGGUGGAAGACCCAUAACCAAGUAUGUGAUUGAGAAGAAAGAGAAGCUAGGAACUCGCUGGCUGAAGUGCUGCAAGACUCCAGACAGACAGACUCAGUUCAAGGUGACUGACGUGGACGAAGGGUCUGAGGUGCAGUUCCAGGUCAGAGCCGAGAACGAGGCUGGAGUCGGAGAUCCGAGCGAACCCACUGAGGUCCUCACCAUUGAGGAUCCAACCAGCCCUCCAUCUCCUCCUCUGGAAGUGACCAUCCCGGACGCCAGCAGGGAGCACAUUAACGUCACCUGGAAGCCUCCGGCCAAAGAUGGCGGCUGCCCGAUCACUGGCUAUCAUGUUGAGGUGGCUGAGGCCCGUCCAGAGUUAAAGUGGCUCAGGGUCAACAGCAGACCCAUCAAGGAGCUCACGUUCAGGAUAGACGACGGAAUCAAACCAGAGAAGAAGUACGUCAUCAGGGUCCGAGCCAUCAACUCAAUUGGCGUUAGCGAUCCCUCUGAGAUCUCUGACAAGGUCUCCACCAAAGACCCCGACUGCGCUCCAACCAUGGAUUUGGAGGCACAGGACGUGGUGGUGAUCGAGGGCGAGAAGCUGCACCUGAACAUUCCCUACAGGGCCAUCCCAACACCCAAGAUGGUUUGGCAGAAGGACACGGUAGAGUGUAAGGGCGACGACCGGCUCUCCAUGACCGUGGAGAUGAACAGCGCCCACCUGGAGCUGCUCAAGUGCACGCGUGCUGACGCCGGCGCCUAUGCUAUCACCCUGGAGAACAGUCUGGGAACCGCCACCGGGACCGUCAAUGUCAAAGUCAUUGGACUCCCCGGUCAGUGUAAAGACAUCACCUCCAGUGAUGCCACCAAGAACUCCUGCAAGAUCAGCUGGGAAGCCCCAGAGGAUGAUGGUGGCACCCCAAUUGUCAGCUACACCCUGGAGCGCCGCGAGGCCUCUAAGAAGACCUACAUGCCCGUCAUGUCAGGAGAGAACGUCCUGACCAGCACCGUCAAAGACCUCUACGUCAACUGCGAGUACUACUUCAGAGUCAAGGCCAUCAACAAGGUCGGAGCCGGAGAGUAUCUGGAGCUACGCAACCCAGUCAUCAUUGAGGAAGUCAAACAAAAACCCGACCCGCCUAUCCAGGUGGAGACUCAAGACCCAACAUCCAAGUCCAUCACAGUGACCUGGAAGGCUCCAGACUACGACGGUGGCUGCCCCAUCCAGGGCUACAUUGUGGAAAAGAUUGAAAAGGAAGGCGACCGCUAUGAGAGGGUCACCCCGAGCCUGGUCCCUGGUUUCUCCUACGUGGUGACUGGCCUGACGGAGGACAUGGAGUACCAGUUCAGAGUCCGAGCUGAGAAUGCCGCCGGAGUCAGCGAGCCGUCCCGCAGCACACAGCUCGUCAAGGCUGCAGAUCCCGUCGAAAAACCGAAGGUCACCCUACACGCUCGCGUGCAGUCCGGUCUGUGUAUCAAGAAGGGCGAGGAGAUCCGAAUUGACGCCUACAUAUCUGGCUCCCCGUACCCCAAGGUCACCUGGCUGAGGAACAACGAGGACGUCACCAUUGAGCCGGCCAAGAAGGUGGUUCCACUGAUCAAGAAGAAGACCAAGACCAAGGCCAAGGUUCCUGAACCAGAGGUGGAGUUUGUGACUCCUCUGCGUGAGCGUCUGGGUCUGGAUAAGACCAAACGGGGUCAGUCUGCCAUGAUGAUUCGUGAUGCCAUCAGAACAGACCAUGGCACUUUCACCAUCCAGGUGGAGAACACUCACGGUGUCGCCACCGCCUCCUGCGAUGUCAACGUCCUCGACAAACCUGGUCCUCCAAUCAACUUCACCUUCGACGAGAUCAGGAACACCUCGGUCGUCUGUAACUGGGAGCCUCCCGAGGAUGAUGGUGGCAGCGAGAUUCUGAACUACAUCCUGGAGAAGAAGGACAACAAGAACGAGGAGAUCGGUUGGAUCACCAUCACCUCUACCCUGAAGGGCACCAGCUGCCCCGUCUCCAAACUCAUCGAAGGGAAGGAGUACAUCUUCAGAGUCACGGCCGAGAACAAGUUCGGCUGUGGGCUGCCAUGUAUCUCUGAACCACUGGUUGCCAAGAACCAGUUUGAUCCUCCCGACGCUCCCAACACACCCAGAGUCCACGAGGUGACGGCGAGCACCGCCCACAUCUCCUGGCACGAGCCGAAGGAUAAUGGCAGCCCGAUCCUGGGCUACUGGAUCGAGAGAAAGGAGGUGAACAGCAAACACUGGACCCGAGUCAACCGUGCCCUCCUCAACUCCUUGGAGGUGAAGGUCUCUGGCCUGAUGGAGGGACUCACCUACAUCUUCAGAGUGUGUGCUGAAAACCUAGCCGGGCCCGGGCCCUUCAGCGAGCCCAGUGACCGCAUCGUCGCUAUGGACGCCAUCCUGCCUCCUGGUCCCCCCAUCCCAUGGAUUGUGGACACUGGGAAGGACUCUGUCAUUGUGGCGUGGAAGCCCCCCCUGUACAAUGGUGGAGGAGACAUCCUGGGAUACCACGUAGAGAAGGUUUUGGCCGGAGAAAAGGAAUGGACUCGCAGCACAGAAUUCAGGUGUAAAGAGCUGACGUACACUGUGACAGGUCUGACAGAGGGAGCAGAUUAUUACAUCCGAGUCAUCGCCGUCAAUGACGCUGGUCCUGGAGCUCCCGGUGUGACCGAACCUGCCACCGUCAAAGAGCCUCAAGAAUCUCCUGCUGUGGACUUUGAUGCUUCCGUGAAGAACGGCGUCAUCAUCAAGGCCGGUGAGUUGCUGAAGCUUCCAGCCGUGGUGACCGGCCGACCCCAGCCCGAAGUCAAAUGGGCCAAGGAUGAAGCCGAAAUUGACAAGGAGCGGAUGAUCGUGGAGACCGAGGGCAGGAACAGCAGUCUGAUUAUCAAGAAGACUGUGAGGGCGGAUCACGGGAAGUACCAGAUCACCGGCACCAACAGCAGUGGAACCAAGACCGCUGAGACCAGAGUGGACGUUAUGGACGUCCCCGGACCAGUGGUUGACCUGAAGACGGUGAUGGUGACCAAGAAGAACAUCACUCUCACCUGGUCUGACCCCCUGGAUAAUGGCGGCAGCGACAUCAUGGGCUACGAGGUGCUGAGAAAAGACGCCAAUAUGAAACUCUUCCGCCAGCCCAUUGAGACCGCAUCCUGCAAGUGCGACAUCCAGGGACUGCUGGCCGGCGAGCAGUACGACUUCAGGGUCAUCGCCAGGAACAAGUACGGUGACGGAGCUCCAGCCGACCUGGGACCCAUCCUGGCCGAGGAUCCCAAAGGUACUCCAUCUGCUCCAGAGAAGCUGCACUACACCAACAGAAGCAAGAACACCAUCACCCUGGCUUGGCAGCCGCCUCGCACAGAUGGCGGCAGUCCCAUCAUCGGCUACUAUGUGGAGAAGAUGAGGUCCGACAGCACCGAGUUCGAUGUGGCAAACCGCAAGAUCUUCACUGAGUGUUGUGGGACCAUCGAGAACCUGUCAGAGGACCAGGAGUACCAGUUCCGCGUCAAAGCCGUAAACGAGGUUGGGGACGGAGAGCCCUCCAAGCCCAUCAAAGCCAAGAUCCAGGACGAUGAAAUUGCUCCAGUUAUUACCUUCCUGAAGUUCUUCAAGAACAACUCCAUCAUUGUAAAGAAAGGCUCGGCCAUCGACAUCCCAGCAGAGGUGAAGGGACUUCCCCUGCCGACGAUCCAGUGGAUGAAGGACGAGGUGGUGAUCGAGAAGCCUGAAGAUGAGAAGAUGACGAUGGAGACUGAGGAGGUGGACAGAUUGAAUCUGAGGACUAAGAUCGCCAUCCCAGAAACCAUCAGGCAGGAUAAGGGCAACUACAAGCUGGUGGCUGAAAACUGCUAUGGCAAAGCUCAGCAUGUCAUCAGAGUCGAGAUCCUCGACCGUCCUCUUCCUCCAAGGAACGUUGUGGUCUCGGAUAUCAAGGCAGACUCAUGCUACCUGACCUGGGACGCCCCCGAGGACAACGGAGGCAGUGAGAUCACCAAUUACAUAGUGGAACGCAGAGACGCCAGCAAGAAGAAGUCCGACUUCGAUGUUCUGACUAUCAACCUCAUCGACAGGAGAUACGGGGUCUACAAACUGAACUUGAACGGUCUCUACCAGUUCAGGAUCAAAGCUGAGAACAAGUACGGCCUGAGCGAUGGCUGUGAUUCAGAGAAAGUCCAGCUCAGGGAUCCGUUUGGCCUCCCCGGACCGCCGCGUAACCCCAAAAUCAUUGCAGCUACAGCGACCACCAUGACCCUGACCUGGGAUCCUCCUCUGGACAACGGUGGCUCCACCAUCCAGGGAUACUGGCUGGAGAAAAGGGAGCGCGGUGCUGUGUACUGGGGUCGCGUCAACCGAGCUCCAGUCACCAAACCGGCAGUGAAGGGCCUGCAGUACACCGUGCUCAGGCUCAUUGAAGGAACCGAGUACCAGUUCAGGAUCGCAGCCUGCAACGCUGCAGGAGUCGGACCACCUAGCGAGUCCUCAGAGUGCCGCUUCGCUGUGGAUCCAUGCAACCCUCCCAGCCCACCUGGAGCCCCUGAGGUUAAAGAUAAGACCAAGAGCAGCAUCACGCUCACCUGGAGCCCACCAGACAAAGACGGCGGCAGCCCCAUCAAGGGUUACAUCAUCGAGGUCCACGAGGAGGGCUCUCCUGAUUGGAGGAGGGUGAACCCCGCCGACAAGCUCCACCCAUCCACUGAAAUCACUGUCCCCGACUUGAAGGAGGGCAAGAAGUGCAAGUUCAGGAUCUACGCUGUAAACGGUGCCGGAAACUCUGAGCCUGCCAGGACGGCUGACAUCCUGGUUCAGGACAUCCUGAUCGAGCCGAUGGUGACUCUGGAUGUGAGCGCUCACGAUCUGCUGAACUGCAGAGCGGGAACGUCCAUCAGGAUUCCCGCCACCAUCACUGGGCGACCCAUUCCCAAAGUCACCUGGACCUUCGACGGAACCGCAGAGACCGAGAAGAAGAACGAACUCCACACGCUGCCCAUUGACUCAGAGAUCCACUCCACUGACACAACCUCGGUGGUCGUGAUUCCGGAGAGUAAACUGAACCACAGCGGUCGAUACAUCAUUAAUGCCGAGAGCCCUGCCGGACACAAGGUGGUCAAAGUCAGAGUCAACGUGCUCGACCUUCCUGGACCUCCAAGAGACCUGAAGGUCAGCGAUGUGACGAGGGGAACCUGCCGACUCACCUGGAAACCUCCAGAGUGCGACGGAGGCGAGAGAGUGAAGAGCUACUUCAUUGAGAGGAGGACUGUUGAUGGCAAAGCCUGGACCAAGGUGAACCCAGCUUGUGCUGCUCAGUCUCUGGUGGUUCCAGACCUGAUCAAUGGUCAAGAGUACAUGUUCCGCAUCCGGGCUGAGAACCGCUUUGGGUUUGGGCCGUUCAUCCAGACCAUUGAGAGGACCAAAGCCAGAGAUCCAAUCCAUCCUCCUGAUCCUCCAACGAGAUUAAAGAUCCAGAGCGUGAAGAAGAGCACGGUGACUUUGACCUGGAAGGCUCCAAAGAACGAUGGCGGUUCACCCGUCACCCACUACAGCGUCGAUCUGCUCUGCUGGGACGCCAGCGGCACCCAGAAGGAGUCCUGGAGAAGGUGUAACAGGAGGGACGUGGACACGACCAGCUUCAAGGUGGAGGACCUGACGGAGGGAGACGAGUACGAGUUCCGAGUGAUGGCGCACAAUGAAGUCGGAGCCAGCCGACCUUCAUCUACGGCUGGACCCAUCGUCAUCCAGGACCAGACCUGUGCUCCAUCCAUCGAGCUGAAGGAGUUCAUGGAGUUCGAGCAGGGCUCCGACAUCAGCAUCGUGGCCAAGAUCCGAGGCUGUCCGUUCCCCACGCUCACCUGGUUCAAGGCUCCGCCCCACAAGCCUGACGACAAGGUGGAAGUCCAAUACGACGAGCACAUCAACAAGAUCGUGUCAGACGACAGCUGCACUCUGCUCAUCCAGCAGGGCAAACGUCCCGACACCGGCCUGUACACCCUGGUGGCCUCCAACAGCCUGGGCAAGGCCUCCAAAGAGAUGAGGCUCAACGUGCUCGGCCGGCCCGGUCCUCCCUCUGCCCCCAUUAAGUUUGAGGCAAUCGGAUCUGAGAGGAUCACGCUGUCCUGGCUCCCUCCAAAGGACGACGGUGGCUCCAAAGUCACAAACUAUGUCAUCUGGAGGCGUGUGGCCAACAGGAAAUCGUGGGUGCCCGUCACCAGCGAGCCCAAAGACCGGAUCUGGACGGUCGAGAACCUGAUGGCGGGACACGAGUAUGUGUUCCGCGUCAUGGCCCAGAACAAGUAUGGAGUCGGAGAACCACUGGACAGUGAACCCGAGGUCGCACGAAACCUCUUCACCAUCCCCGGUCAGUGUGAGAAGCCGACAGUCACCAAUGUCACCAUGGACUCCAUGACCAUUAACUGGGAGGAGCCCGAGGACGACGGUGGCACUCCGAUCACCGGUUACUGGCUGGAGCGAAAAGAGACGACAGGCAAACGCUGGACCCGUGUCACCCGCGACCCCAUCCGUCCCAUGGGCCUGGGUGAGUCGUUCGUGGUGAGCGGACUCAUUGAGGGCUCCCAGUACCUCUUCAGAGUAUCUGCCAUCAACGCCGCAGGACCCGGACCCGCCAGCCCCACCACAGACCCCAUGUUUGCCAGAGACCCCAUCUCCCCGCCCUCCCCUCCAACACCGAAGGUUUCCGAUUGGACAAAGUCCACAGUGGACCUGGAGUGGAUUCCUCCUCUGAAGGAUGGAGGCUCUAAGAUCAUGGGCUACUGGGUGGAGUACAAGGAGGAGGGCACCGAGGCCUGGGUCAAGGCCAAGGAGACUGAAAUCCGCGGGACCCGGUUAGUGAUCAGCGGUCUGAAGACUGGCGGCAAAUACAAGUUCAGAGUGAUCGCCUUCAAUGCUGCCGGUAACGGCGAACCAGGAGAAGUCCCAGAGGUGCUCGAGGUCAACGACAGAAUCAUUGCUCCUGAGGUCGAUCUAGAUGCCUCAGUGAAGGAGAGGAUGGUGGUCCAUGCCGGCGGUGUGAUCCGUAUCAUCGCCUAUGUGUCUGGCCAGCCAUCUCCGGAGGUCACCUGGAGCAGAGAUGGAGCUGCACUGCCUCCUGAGGCUAAAAUAGAAACGACUGCCAUCAGUUCGUCUCUGGUCAUCAAACCCUGCACCAGAAGGCACCUCGGUAUCUACACUCUAACCGCCAAGAACGCUGGUGGCGAGAAAACUAAGAACAUCACAGUGGAAGUUCUGGACGUCCCCGGGCCCGUCGGAAUCCCCUUGACCACUGAAAACCUGAGCAACGACUCCUGCAAGCUCAACUGGUUCUUCCCUGAGAACGACGGAGGCUCUCCCAUUAGUAACUACGUCAUUGAGAAACGCGAGGCUGACCGUAAGGCCUGGACCUCGUUGUCCUUCACUGCUAGUAGACAGAACGCCGUGGCUCAAGGCCUCACCACUGGAAAGUCCUACUUCUUCAGAGUGGCCGCCGAGAACGCCAUAGGCAUUGGACCCUUCGUGGAGACUGCAGCCGAGAUCAUCAUCAAGGAACCAAUCAGUGUGCCUGACCGCCCCGAGGAGCUCGAGGUCACCAAGGUCACCAAGGAUUUGGUCAGCGUCACCUGGAAGGCACCCAAGUUUGACGGCGGUUCAGAGAUCACCAUGUACAUCCUGGAGGUGCGAAUGAUUGGCAAAGACAAGUUCACCAGAGUGACGAAGGAGAAACUGAUGGAGAGGAAGUACACCUACGAUGGCCUGAGGGAGGGCGACACCUACCAGUUCAGGGUCAUCGCAGUCAACGAGGUUGGACCCAGCAAGCCAUCAUUCUGCACGAAACCAAUCACCUGCAAGGACGAACUGGAGCCACCGACCAUUGAGCUGGACUUCCGUGAUAAGAUCAUCAUUCGUGUGGGCGAAAGCUGCCUGCUGCAGGGACGCUACACUGGCAAACCUUCUCCAUCCAUCGUGUGGUACCGAGAUGACGAAGAGCUGAAGGCCGACAAGCAUGUCAUGUUCAAGAACACAUUGACCACCAUGUCGCUCGGCCUGAUGAAGGCACAGCGCGAGCACAGCGGCAGAUACGUGGUGGUGGUGGAGAACAGCACCGGAUCCAGGAAGGGAGUCUGCAACAUCACAGUUGUCGACCGUCCGACUCCUCCUGUUGGCCCAGUGGUGUUUGAGGAGGUGCACAGGGAGUACAUGGUCAUCUCCUGGAAACCUCCACUGGACAGCGGCGGCGUCGAUGUGUCCAACUAUAUCAUUGAGAAGAGAGACACCAACAGAGACAUCUGGAACACAGUGACGUCCGCCUCCACCAAGACCACAUGCAAGAUCCCCAAACUAACUGAGGGCAGGGAAUACAUCAUGAGGGUCUCUGCUGAGAACAUGUACGGCAUCAGUGACCCUCUGGAGUCGGAGGAGAUGAGAGCCAAAGAUCUCUUCAGAGUCCCUGAGGCCCCAGAAAUGCCUACGGUAAGAGAGGUGUAUGGCACCAAUGUUCUGGUGCUGUGGAAUCGGCCUCGUGAUGGCGGGAAGCCCAUCACCAACUACAUCCUGGAAAAGAAGGAACCCACAGCCAAGAGGUGGUCCAGAGCCACCAGAGAGCCGCUGUACCCGGCCACUCAGUACCGAGUCCAGGACCUGGUUGAGGGCUGCGAGUACGAGUUCAGGGUGAUGGCAGAGAAUGAGCUGGGAACUGGAGACCCCAGCGUCCCCUCCAAACCCAUCCUCGCCAAAGAUCCCAUCGUGCUUCCCAGCCCUCCAGUGACCCCCGAGGCCUACGAUAAGACCAAGGAUUCCGUAAGCCUGAAGUGGAAGUUGCCCCGACACGACGGAAAAGGCCGGAUCUUCGGGUACCUUGUCGAGUACAAGAAGGUUGGUGCCGUGGAGUGGAAUCAAGCCAACGAGACCCCGGAGCAGUGCCCCAACCUCCACUACGUGGUGACGGGCUUGACCGAUGGACUGGAGUACACCUUCAGGAUCUUCACAGUCAACGCUGCUGGCAAAUCUGACCCUGCCUACGUCAAAGAGAACAUCAAAGUCCACGACAGAAUGGAGGAGCCAGAGUUGCUACUCGACGCCAACAUGGCACGUGACCACCUGGCCAUGCUGGGCACUGACAUCUCCCUGAGUGCCGUCAUUAAGGGUGUACCGACGCCCACUGUCAGCUGGAAGAAGAACGACGGCGACAUUCCUUCUCACAUCACUGUUGCAGUCACCGCCACUGGCAGCAAAGUCUUCAUCCCUAAGUGUGUCCGUGCAGACUCCGGUAACUACACUAUCACUGCGGAGAAUGCUGCUGGAAAGAAAUCAGCAACAGUUGCUGUGCUUGUGCUGAACAAGCCUUCUCCUCCCAGAGACCUUGUGGUCUCUGAGGUGACCAGCGAGUCUGCCUACCUGACUUGGAAAGCUCCUGAGGACAAUGGCGGCGCUGUCAUCUCCCACUACGUUGUGGAAAAGAAGGAUGUGGCCGCCGAGCAGUGGGUGCCCGUGUCUGCAUCCAAUAAGAAGCUGAGUCUGAUGGCCAUGUACCUAAUGGAAGGAAUCCAGUACCUGUUCAGGGUUGCUGCUGAGAACCAGUUUGGCAGAAGCGCCUAUGUGGUGACUAAGACACCCAUCAAGGCUAUCGAUCCUCUCUAUCCUCCUGGCCCUCCCAAAAACCUGCACCACACUGAUGCAGACAAGACAGAGGUGUGGUUGGCAUGGGAGUGGCCUGACCGCACUGGCGGAAGUGAAAUCACCGGCUUCAUUGUGGAGCACCAGGAAGAGGGCCAGACCGACUGGGUCACCUUCAAGACCGUCAGCAACAACCACACCCACGUCACCAGUCUGGAGGAGGGCAAGACUUACCGCUUCAGGGUCAAGUCUCAGAACGCCAUUGGUGUAAGUCGUCCUGACACCAGCGUCCCCGUCACCUGCCAGGAGAAGACAUUGCCACCAACUAUUGAAGUGGAUGUGAAGCUUAUUGAAGGUCUUGUUGUCAAAGCUGGCAGUGCCAUUGUCCUCCCAGCCAAGAUGACAGGCAUCCCCACUCCCACUGCUAAAUGGAUGACCGAUGGCAAGGAGAUCACAUCUGAGGCACGCCAUCGCAUUGAGUCUGCGGAAUCCUCGACCAUUCUCAGUAUCUCAGAGAGCCAGAGAGGAGACACCGGAGAGUACACCCUCACUGUGGCCAAUCCUGCAGGCAGCAAGACCGUUGCCCUGCAUGUCACUGUGCUGGAUCUUCCAGGUCCACCUAUCGGACCCAUCAACAUCUUGGAGGUCACCCCUGAUUACAUGAUGAUCCAAUGGAGGGCACCAAAGGAUGAUGGUGGGACGCCCAUCACCAACUACGUGGUGGAAAAGAAGGAUGUAAAGAAGCCGUGGGAGCCCUGGUCUGUUGUUAGCUCCAGUGGCACCAGCACCAGGGCCAAGGUGUCUAGACUGGAGAAGGGCCGUGAGUACAUUGUCCGUGUCCGUGCAGAGAACAAAAUUGGCAUCGGUGCGGGGCUUGAGAGUCCUCCCACUAUUGCCAAGCACAUGUUCAACCCUCCUGGUCCACCAGGCCCGCCAGAGUGCUCUGAUAUCACAGAGAAUGCUGUGACAGUGGAAUGGACCCUGCCUGACUAUGAUGGAGGCAGCCCCAUCAGUGGCUAUGUGAUUGAACGCAGAGAAAUGACAGGAAAGUGGAUCCGUGUUAACAAAACCCCUGUGCUGGACCUCAGAUACAGAGUCUCAGGCCUGUUUGAAGGCAACAGCUAUGAGUUCAGAGUGUUUGCUGAGAACAUUGCUGGUAUCAGUGAGCCAUCUGCCACCUCUGAUCCCAUCAAGGCCACUCGCGCCAUCACCAAACCCGGACCCCCUAGCAAUCCUAAGCUGAAGGACUGGAGCAAGUCUUAUGCUGACAUCUGCUGGAUCAAGCCUACAAGAGAUGGUGGCAGUCCUAUCCUAGGCUAUGUGGUUGAGGCUCAGAAGUCAGGAACUGCCCAGUGGGACAGAAUCAACAAGGACCUCAUCAAGAUUUGUGCCUAUAGAGUGCCAGGCCUCAUUGAAGGAAUGGAGUAUAGAUUCCGCAUCAGAGCCACCAACAAGGUUGGAGACAGUGAACCCAGAGAGCUCGCUGAAACAGUCUUGGCAAAGGACAUACUGGUGCCCCCAGAGGUUGUUGUCGACAUGUCCUGCCGUGACUCUCUGACAGUCAGGGCUGGCCAGAUCAUAAGUUUGAUCACCAGGGUAAAGGGCAGACCAGACCCAGACAUCACAUGGACCAAGGAUGCCAGAACAUUGUCCCGGGACAAGCGCACUGAUAUAAACAACAACUACCCUCUGUGUGAACUUGUCAUCAGUGAUGCAGUCAGGGCAGACUACGGUAAAUACGCCAUUGUCGCUAAGAACAGUAGUGGACAGGCACAGGCCACCAUUAUUGUUAAUGUCCUGGACACACCAGGACCUUGCCAGAACCUCAAAGUGGCCUACGUAACCAAGAACUCCUGCAUGGUAUCCUGGGAGAACCCUGAGGACAAUGGAGGCACUGAGAUCACUCAGUACAUUAUUGAGUGCCGUCAGCCCAGCCAGAGAGGAUGGACGGUGGUCUCCAAUGACUGCACCAAGCGCCUUAUUAAGGCCCCUCUUACUGAGGGCUGCGAGUACUUCUUCCGUGUCAGCGCAGAGAACAAAAUCGGUGCUGGUCCUUCCACUGAGACCAAGACACCUGUGCUUGCAGUUGAUCCCAUUGAGAAGCCUGGUGAACCCACUGACUUCCACAUUUCUGAGAUCGGCAAGACCUUCUGCUUCCUCAAGUGGAAGAAGCCAGACUACGAUGGCGGUAGCCGUAACCUUGGUUAUCAUGUUGAGAAGAAGCCAAAGGAGGCUGAGGAGUGGGAGAGGCUUCACAAAGGUGCCAUCAAGGAGACUUACUUCAUGGCUGACAGGUGCAUCGAAAACCAGAUCUACCAGUUCAGAGUUCAGACGAAGAAUGAGGGAGGCGAGAGCAACUGGGUGACUACAGCUGAAGUCCUGGUUAAGGAACAGCUUGUGGAGCCCGAAAUCAAGAUUAAACUGGAUGGAACGCUCGUGGUCAAGGCAGGAGACUCCAUUCCUAUUGAAGCAACAGUGACAGGCAAACCUCAGCCUGAUGUCAAAUGGACCAAAGAUGAGGGUACAGAGGAGAUAAAGAAGGGCCCCAGGCUUCAGAUCGAAACUGGUGCAGGCUUCUCGAAGCUGCUGCUUACCGGCGCUAGGCGCACUGACAGUGGCAAAUACGUUGUUACUGCCUCCAACAAUGCAGGAACCUGCUCUGCUCAUGCUAAGGUCAAUGUACUGGAUAGACCUGGCCCUAUUAGGGAUCUCAAGGUGUCUGGUAUCACCAUCGACAGGUGCCAUCUGGCCUGGGAAGUCCCAGAGGAUGAUGGCGGCUGCGAAAUCUACAACUACAUUAUUGAGAAAUGUGAAACCAAGAGGGGAGUCUGGUCGGUCCACUCCAACGCUGUCAUCACCAAUAAAGCUAAUGUCACCCGUCUUAUUGAGGGUAAUGAGUAUAUCUUCAGAGUUCGUGCUGAGAAUAAGAUGGGUCCUGGCCCUGCAGUGCAGAGUGAAGCCAUUGUUGCCGGCACCCAGUUCAGUGUACCUGGCACUCCUGAGGCACCAGAGGUCACCAAGAUUGCUAAGGAAGAGAUGUCUGUGGAGUGGUCAGAGCCCGAGAAAAAUGGCGGAACGCCAAUCACAGGCUAUCUUUUGGAGAAGAGAGAAGAGCAUGCCGUUAGGUGGUCUCCUGUCAACAAGGAUCCAAUCCCUGGAACUCGUUUGACAGUAACUGGACUCCUGCCCCUGCAUGACUAUCAGUACAGAGUAAAGGCUGUCAAUGAAAUUGGCAUCAGUAACCCAAGCAAGCCUUCACGUGCCAUCACUGCCAAGGAUGCAGUUGAGCCUCCUGCACCUCCUACCAACUUGAAGGUCCUGGACAGCACCAAGUCUACUGUAACCCUGGGCUGGACCAAGCCUGUAUCAGAUGGUGGAGCUCCCCUCAUUGGCUACGUUGUGGAGAUGAGGGCACAGGGAAGUGCCAAAAAAGGAGACGAUGGUUGGAAGAGGUGCAACGUGGCGGCUCAGCUGAUUGUGUGCGAGUUCACAGUCACAAGUCUGGAUGAGACGCUUGUGUAUGAAUUCAGAGUGUCUGCUCAGAACCAGGUGGGCAUGAGCCUGCCCUGCAACCUGGAGGGUGGUGUCAUCCCCAGGGAGAUUCUAGAGGCACCCGAGAUUGACAUAGAUGCUGACCUGAAGCAGGGACUGACAGUGAGAGCCGGCUGUCCCAUCAGACUAUGUGCCACCAUCAGAGGUAGACCACCUCCUAAGGUCACUUGGAGGAGGAUGGGUAUUGACAACGUGGUCAGGAAGGGAAAAGUUGACAUCAUUGACACCAUGACCUUCCUGGUCAUCCCCGACAGCACCCGCAAUGACUCUGGCAAAUACUGCCUGACUGUACAGAGUGCUGCUGGAGAGAAGGCUGUGUUUGUCAAUGUUAAGGUUCUGGACACUCCAGGACCUGUGAUGAAUCUGGAGGCUACCGACAUCAAACAGACAUCAGCCAUGCUGUCCUGGAGUCCUCCUGAGAUUGAUGGUGGCAGCGAGGUCACUCACUACAUUGUUGAGAAGCGUGAGAUUGACCGCAAGACUUGGGCGACUGUCAAGGCCGAAGUUGAGAAGGACAAGGUUCCCUUAAAAGUCAGCGGUCUGAUGCCAGGCACCGAGUACUACUUUAGAGUCACAGCUGUCAACGAGUAUGGUUCUGGUGUUCCCAGAGUGUCACCCACUUCCUACCUGGCCUCUGAUCCUGUCAGCAAGCCCGACCCUUGUGAGAAGAUUGAGGUUCUGGAGAUCACUAAGAACAGUGCCACAGUCGGCUGGACGAAGCCUGCAAGGGACGGUGGAGCCAAGAUCGAUGGUUAUGUAAUUGAAUACAUCGAGGUCAAACCUCCUCCAGAGCCUCCAGCACCUGUGGAGGUUCCAGAGGGAGAGGAAGCUCCUCCACCACCUCCACCACCUCCAGUGGUUGAGGAAGAAGAGGAGGCAGAACCUGAAAAGGAAGUGUGGAACGCCUACACUACAGUGAAAGGUUUGAGCAUCAGCAUCAGCGGCCUGAAGGAGGGCAAGAGGUACAAGUUCAGAGUGGCUGCCAAGAACAUGAUGGGCAUGAGCUCAUUUACUGAGACCCGGCAGCCGGUCGAGAUCAAGGAACAAAUGUUGGAGCCAAAGAUUGUCAUGCCAGAGACAGUGAGUGCCAGAGCCGGAGCUAAGCUCAGAGUGGAGGCGGUGGUUUCUGGAAAACCUUCCCCAACUUGCAAAUGGUUGCGUGGUAAAGAUGCAGUAGUCUCAUCCAGCCGUCUGGCCGUGCACCAGUCCGGCAACCUGUGUGUCCUGAUCAUCAAAGAUGUGUCAAGGACUGACAGCGGAGAGUACAGCCUGGUAGCUGAGAACAGCUCGGCAAAGGUGGUCCAGGCCCUGAAGAUUAUCAUCAGAGACAUCCCCGGUCCUCCCGAGGGCCCCGUGGAGAUCAGCGACAUUGACGCUGACGCCUGCUCCCUGUCCUGGAACAAACCACUAGAGGACGGAGGCAGCAAUAUCACUAACUAUGUGGUGGAAAAAUGCGAUGUGAGUAGAGGCGACUGGGUGACGGCUGCCUCUUCUGGCCUGAAGACCAGUUGCAGGCUUGGGAAGCUUAUCCCUGGGAAGGAGUAUGUUUUCCGAAUCCGUGCUGAGAACCGCUAUGGUGUGUCAGACCCCAUUCAGUCUGACAGGAUGGUUGCCAAGUUCCCCUUUGAUGUUCCUAGCGAGCCCCUCAACCUCUGCAUCAACAAGACCAACAAGGACUGUAUGUUUGUGGCCUGGGAUAAACCUGAGAGCGACGGUGGCAGUCCCAUCACAGGUUACUACAUUGAGCGUAAGGAGAGGAACAGUCUGCUAUGGGUGAAGGCCAACGACACCGUCGUCCGCACCACUGAGUACCCGUGUGCCGGCCUCAUCGAGGGCCUGGAAUACACUUUCAGAGUGUCUGCAAUUAACCGUGCUGGCCAGGGCAAACCAAGCAAGAAGACUGACUUUGUCACUGCGAGAACACCCGUUGACACUCCUGGUAAACCUGAGGUCCUGGACAUAACCAGGAACUCUGUCACUCUGGUUUGGACCCGUCCUAAGAACGACGGUGGCAGCAAGAUCAUUGGCUACUAUGUUGAGGCCAUGCGGGUGCCGGGAGACACCUGGAUACGCUGCAACACCAGCAGCCAGAAUGUCCCACGGGAGGAGUAUACAGUGACGGGCCUGGAGAGAGACCUGCAGUACCAGUUCAGAGUCAUUGCCAAAACUGCUGUCAACAUGAGCAAACCAUCUGAGCCUACAGAUCCUGUCCUGGUCUGUGCUGAGAAUGUUCCUCCAAGGGUGGAGCUUAACGCCAGGAUGCAGAAGGGUUUUAAAGUGAAGGCUGGAACCACAAUCCUCCUGGAGGCUGAGGUGUUUGGUAAGCCUAUGCCUAGAGUGACUUGGAAGAGAGGCGAUGAUAGUCUGAAGUCAGGUGAAGGCCAAGUCAUCACCCAACAGAGGCAUCACUUCCAGCUGGAGAUGAUGGCUGUUACGAAGGAACACACAGGAACCUACACCAUCCUGGCCGAGAACGCCAGCGGCUCCAAGACUGCCGAAAUACAGGUCAACGUCCUAGAUGCGCCUGGCCCCCCUGCUAGUGCUAAAUACAUCGAGGUGUUUGCCACCAGUGUCAAGAUGUCCUGGGAGCCUCCUCUGAAGGACGGUGGCGGCUCCAUCAGCAACUACAUUGUAGACAAGCGUGAGACCAGCAGAGCCAACUGGGCCCUGGUUUCCUCCAAGAUCAAAGGGGAUAUCCUUGAGCUUAAUGUGGAGAAGCUGAUCGAGGGUCACGAAUACCAGUUCCGAAUUCGCGCAGAGAACAUGUGGGGGGUUGGAGACCCCCUUGUCACCAACCCUGUCAUUGCCAAAAACCCAUUCACUGUCCCUGGACCUUGCGAGGCUCCAGUGAUCACCAAUGUGACCAAGGAUUGUAUGACUGUGAGCUGGAAGGAGCCUGCUGAUGAUGGAAAGUCAACCGUUCUGGGUUACAUGCUGGAAAAGAAAGAGACCAAGGAGAUGAACUGGACCAAGCUGAACAGAAAGCCCUUGACAGAGAGGACCCUGGACAUUACAGGUCUCACAGAGGGAGUUGAAUACGAAUUCAGGGUCAUUGCUGUCAACGUGGCAGGGCUUGGCAAACCCAGCGAGCCCUCCGCUGGCACCACCGCACAGAAUCCCAUCACUCCUCCUGGCCCUGUUGUGAAUCCUACUGUGAUGGACACCACCCACAGCACCAUCAGCCUCUCCUGGACCGUCCCCGCCAACAAUGGAGGAAGCCCCAUCAUUGGAUACUUGGUAGAGUGCAAGCGGACCGACACCACUGACUGGAUACGCUGCAACGUCCCCAGGAACCUGCAGGAGACCAACUACACCAUCCAGAACCUCAUAGACAAGGCAGAGUACCAGUGCCGCAUCACUGCCGUCAACAAGGUCGGCUUCGGCGAGCCAGUUGAAGUACCCGGCAAGCAUGUUGCCAAGGACAUCAUUGUUGCUCCCGAGGCAGAGCUGAGCGCAGAGUUGAAGGAGGGCCUGGAGCUGAAUGCCGGAACCAUCAUGAGGCUCGCGGCCACCAUCAAGGGCCGUCCCACUCCCAGGGUCACCUGGGCAAAGAUGAACACCAACAUCAAGGACCGCCAGGGCAUUGUCAUCAAAUCCACCAACACGGACACCAUGGUGAUGGUGGAGAAUGUCAACAGAUAUGAUGCUGGCAAAUACAUUCUGAAUCUGGAGAGCUCGGCUGGCAUGAAGAUGUACACCAUCGUUGUCAAGGUUCUUGAUACUCCCGGACCACCAGUUAACCUAAUGGUGAAGGAGACGUGCAAGGACAGCUCCUACAUCUACUGGGAUGCUCCUCUGAUCAACGGUGGCUAUGAAGUCACUCACUACAUUGUGGAGAAGCGUGACACUGAGAGGAAAGCCUGGUCCAUCGUCUCCAACAACUGCACCAAGACAUCAUUCAAGGUGCCAGACCUGGAUGCCGGACGGUCCUACUGCUUCAGAGUGUCAGCAGUUAACCAGCUCGGUGUUGGAGAGUGUUGCGAGACAGCCGACUCAGUCAGAGCAUGUGAGGAGCCUGGGCCUGUCAUGGACUUCAAGACCCUGCUGGUUAACAAGGACUCUUGCACUCUAAGCUGGAAGAAACCACUCACCGAUGGUGGCAGCCGCAUCAUCUGCUAUGUGCUAGAGGUUCUCAAUGGUGACGAUAAGUACAAGGAGCUGAUGAGGUCCAAAAACAUGCAGUAUAGUGCCAAAGACCUAGUGGAGAACAGAGAGUACACCUACAGAGUCAAGGCUGUGAAUGACUCAGGAGAGAGCGCUGCCAAGGAGCUGACAGUGGUCGCCAAGGACCAGAUAAUUCAUCCCAACUGUGACUUGAGGGAGCUGCCCAACAUGUGCUACAUUGCCAAGGAGGGCAGCACUGUCCGUCUGAAGAUCCCGAUCAUCGGCAAACCUCCGCCCAAGGUUUCCUGGAAGAAGGGAGAUGACGAGGACCUGACAGACACUGGUCGAGUGUGUGCAGAGUCCUCUUCAGUCAACACCACCCUGCUGAUCAGAGACUGCCAGAGGAGUGAUGCUUCCAAGUACACCAUCACCCUGAGAAACUGUGCUGGAAGCAAGGAGUCCACCAUUUUCAUCAGGGUGGUGGGUAAACCUGGCAUCCCAGUUGGACCCAUUAAGUUCAAAGAUGUUACUGCUGAUGGGGCAACACUGAAGUGGCUCACUCCUAAGGACGAUGGUGGCUCAGAGAUCACAAACUACAUCCUGGAAAAGAGGGACUCCAUCACCAACAUGUGGGUAACUGUGUCCUCCACUGUGGAGACUAACACCAUGAGGGUGACCGGACUCCAUGAGGGCACAGAGUACAUCUUCAGAGUCUGUGCUGAGAACAAGUAUGGUGUUGGAGAGGGACUCAAGUCUGAGCCCAUCGUUGCUAAACAUCCAUUCAAUGUUCCUGAUGCCCCUCCUCCACCUCAGAUCCUGAGCAUGCGCCACAACUCUGCUUACUUGGCUUGGUCUGACCCAAGGAAGACUGGAGGAUCUCCCAUCACAGGCUACCAUGCUGAGUUCAAGGAGAGGAACAGUAUGUUGUGGAAGAGGGCAAGCCCGACUGCCUUGAGGAUGAAGGAAUACAAGGUAACAGGGCUGACUGAAGGUUUGGAGUAUGAGUUCCGAGUCAUGGCAAUCAACCUGGCUGGCAUCGGCAGACCAAGUGCUCCCACAGAUCCACAGGUGGCCCUGGAUCCCAUUGAUGCCCCUGGUAAACCUGAUGUGAUCAGCAUCAGCAGAAGCACUGUGACCCUCCAGUGGACAGAGCCACAGUUUGAUGGUGGCCACAGAUUGACUGGCUACAUUGUUGAGAAGCGCGACCUGCCUUCUAAGAUCUGGGUGAAGGCCAACAACGUGAAUGUUGUAGAGCCUGCAUUCACUGUAACUGAUCUGCAGGAGGGCUGCAAGUAUGAGUUCAGAAUCAGGGCGAAGAAUGCCGCAGGAGCUCUCAGCCCGCCCUCCGAGCAGACAGACACCAUUAUCUGCACAGAUGAAUAUGCUUCACCAACCAUUAUUAUCGAAGCUCAGGUGAAGGAGGGUCUGACGGUCCGAGCCGGUGAUACUAUUGUGAUCACUGCCACAAGCAUUUUAGGCAAACCAGCGCCAACCUCAUGUUGGUCAAAGGGAGGAAAGUAUUUUAAACCUUCUGAUCUCGUUCAUAUUGAGACCACUGCAACAUCCUCUACUCUGUCAAUCAAGUAUGCUGGCAGGAAGGACUCUGGGGAGUACAUCAUCACUGCCAGCAACCCCUUCGGUGUAAAGGAGGAAACUGUUAAGGUCACCGUUCUGGAUGUUCCUGGUACUCCUGGACCCAUUGAAAGCACUGGUGUCUCCUCUGAAAAGGUCACUCUUGCAUGGACAGCUCCUACCGAGGACGGAGGCUCUCCAAUCAAGUAUUACACCCUGGAAAAGAGAGAAACCACCCGCCUGCUCUGGACUGUCCUGGAAGAGAAGGUCAUUGACUGUCACUAUGUUGCCAGCAAGCUGAUUGCGGGCAAUGAGUACUUCUUCAGAGUCUCUGCUGUUAACCAGUAUGGUGCCAGUGAGCCAUCUCACUCUGAGGCGGUCAAGAUGGUUGAUAGAUUUGGUCCCCCUGGUCCGCCAUCUAAACCAGAGGUUGAGAAAGUUGAUGCACAUUCAGCCACUGUGACCUGGAGGAGACCGACUGAGGAUGGAGGAAGUGACAUAAUAGGUUACUGUGUUGAGAAGAAGGAGAGAAAGGGUAUGAGAUGGAUCAGGGCGUCCAAGAAAUCCAUUGCUGAGUUCAGCUAUGAAGUCACCGGUCUCACUGAGGGCGUGGAGUAUGAGUUCCGUGUUCUUGCUGAGAACAGAGCUGGCUUUGGAGAGCCAAGUGAGCCAUCUAUGCCUGUCAGAACAAUAGUUGUUGCCUAUGUGCCUGGACCCCCAGUCAAUCCAAGAGUCACAGACACAACUAAGACCACUGCCACUCUGAACUGGGGAAAACCUCUUGAUAAUGGUGGACUUGAAGUCACCGGUUAUGUGAUUGAGCACAAGAAGGAAGGAACAGAAGAAUGGGUGAAGGACACCCCUUCAUCUCCACUUAGGAUCACAGAGUUUGUUGUUCCCAACCUGGAAACUGGUGCAAAAUACUUCUUCAGAAUUAGUGCUGUGAAUGCCAAGGGAGCAGGUGAACCUGCUCAAACUCUGGAACAAGUUGAGAUUGUGGAACGUGCAGCUGAACCUGAUUUGGAGCUGGAUAUUGAGCUGAGAAGAACCCUUGUUGUCAGGGCUGGUUGCUCCAUUCGCCUCUUUGUGCCAAUCAAGGGACGUCCUACACCUACAGUCACCUGGAACAAAGAGGGUGGUCCUGUCCCACGUGCAGUCAUUGAUAGCACUGAGUCUUUUACAAUGCUGCUCAUCCCCGAGAGUUCAAGGACCGAUGCGGGCAAAUAUGAACUUACCCUUGAAAACUCUGCUGGAAAGAAGAGUGCCGCUAUACAUGUGAGAGUUCUGGAUUCACCAGGACCUCCGCUUAACCUAAAACCAGUCAAGAUUGACAAGGAAAGCAUUUCUCUUCAGUGGGAGAUGCCUCUCAUUGAUGGAGGAGCCAAGAUCACUAACUACAUCAUUGAGAAGAGAGAGUCAACACGCAAAGCUUUUGCAACUGUAAUUACAAAUUGCCCAACCACUUCAGUCAGGAUCGGUGAGCUGGGUGAAGGCUGUGAGUACUACUUCAGAGUGUCAGCCGAGAAUGAAUAUGGAAUUGGUGAGUCAGUUGAAACUGCUGAUCCAAUUCGUGCAUCCCAGGCACCAACUCCUCCAGAAAGUAUUAUUCCUACUGAUAUCACCAAGAACUCUGUGAGCCUGGCUUGGACCAAACCUAAGCACGAUGGUGGAAGCAGAAUUUCGGGAUAUGUCCUUGAAGCCAAAAAGAAGGGAACUGAUCAGUGGGCACAUGUCACAACAGUCAAGACCAUGGAUUUCACCGUGAAGAAUCUUAAUGAGAAUGAGGAGUAUAUUUUCCAUGUAAUGGCUGUCAACCUUUCAGGUAGAAGUGCUCCGCGUGAGAGCAAACCCAUUGUUGUCAAGGAUUCUACUUCCCUGCCUGAGUUUGACCUUCGUGGUGUAUGUCAGAAGACUGUUAUUGCCAAGGCAGGAGAUGACAUCAAGGUUGAAAUUCCAGUAAUGGGACGUCCUAGACCAACUGUCUCUUGGCAAAAGGAUGGCGCAGCCCUGAAGCUCACACAGAGGACCAAUGUAGAAACUUCUGCUGCUACUGUUACCCUAAGCAUUAAUGAAUGCACCAGAGCCGACAGUGGUGUUUACACCAUGACAGGAAAGAACAUUGUUGGUUCUGUGACAGACAACAUUAUCGUCAAAGUACAUGAUGUACCUGGGCCACCCAAGGGACCAGUAAAGAUUGUGGAGAUAUCUCGUACUUACUGCAUCUUUGCAUGGGACACUCCUGAGAAUGACGGAGGUGUUCCAAUCAACAAUUAUGUGGUUGAGAUCAGAGACACCACCUCCCAAACAUGGACAGAGCUGUCUUCCACUAUCAUCCGUACCAUGUUCAAAGCCAUUCGUUUGACCACUGGAUCCGAGUACCAGUUCAGAGUAAGAGCCAAGAACAGAUAUGGUGCUGGACCACCCAUCAUCUCAGAGGCAGUGGUGGCUGCCUAUCCAUUCAAAGCCCCUGGACCUCCUGGUACUCCUGGUGUUGUUGCAUUUACCAAGGACUCAAUAACAAUUGGCUGGAAUGAGCCUGUGUCUGAUGGUGGAAAUGAAGUAAUUGGUUACCAUGUUGAGAGGAAAGAAAGAAGUGGCAUUGUAUGGCACAAGAUUAGCAAGGCUCUUGUGAAAGGAAACAUCUUUAAAUCCACUGGUCUUGAAGAUGGAAUUGCCUAUGAGUUUCGUGUCAUGGCUGAAAACAUGGCCGGAAUUGGUAAGCCCAGCAAGGCCUCAGAAGCAACACUGGCUUUAGACCCUGUAGACCCACCAGGUCAGCCUGUGCCAACGUAUGUCAACAAAAAUGUCAUCACUAUUCAGUGGACAAAGCCUGAAUAUGAUGGUGGCUUCAAAAUCACUGGCUACACAGUGGAGAAGAGAGAACUGCCUGCUGGUCGCUGGAUCAGAGCCAACUUCACUAACAUCAUUGAGACUGCAUUCACUGUCAGUGGGCUGACUCAAGAUGCCUCAUAUGAGUUCCGUGUCAUUGCCAGAAACUCGGCAGGUGCAGUAAGUGUGCCCUCUGAUCCCUCAGAUCCAAUCACCUGCAAAGAUGAUAUUAUUGAACCACGCAUUAUGGUUGACGCCAUCUUUAAGGAUGUUGUUCUACUGAAAGCAGGAGAGUCCUUUAAACUUGACGCUGAUAUUGCUGGUCAACCAACACCAUCUAUGGUUUGGACCAAGAAUGGAAAGGAGGUUGAGAACACAAUGAAACUGCAGGUUAGGUUUACAGAACUGACAACCACUCUGACCAACAAGGAUUCAAUCAGAUUAGAUGGUGGAGAAUUUGUUUUGACUGCCACUAAUGUCGGUGGAUUUGCUAAGCACAUCUUUAAUGUUAAAGUACUUGACAGACCUGGACCACCAGUUGGACCUCUUAAGGUGUCUGAUGUCACAGCUGCCAACUGUGUACUUACCUGGGCUCCACCUGCAGAUGAUGGCGGUGCCAAGAUUGAAGGAUACGUGAUUGAGAAGCGUGAGUCAAGCAGACUGGUUUGGACCAAUGUGGUUUGGGGCCUGCAAGUUACACAAUACAAGGUGACUAAGCUGCUCAAAGGAAAUGAAUACAUCUUCAGAGUUAUGGCAGUGAACAAAUAUGGACUUGGUGAAUCUCUUGAUUCCGAACCCACUAUUGCAGACAACCCAUAUAUGGUUCCGGAUCCUCCAGAGAAUCCUGAGGUGACAGCUAUCACUAAAGAUUCAAUGGUUAUUAUGUGGCAGGCACCUAAGAGUGAUGGUGGAACUCCCAUCACCAACUACAAUAUUGAAAGGAAAGAUAGAAUAGGCCUCCGUUGGGUCAAAUGCAACAGGAGGAUGGUCAAAGACCUACAAUUCAAGGCAACGGGCCUUGUUGUCGGACAUGAAUAUGAAUUCAGAAUAACUGCUGAGAAUGCUGCUGGAGUGAGUGCCCCAAGUGUCUCAAGUCCAUUCUACAAGGCUACUGAUGGACUGUACAAGCCAGGGGCUCCAUGCAACCCCAGAAUCUUGGACACUACCAAGUCCUCAAUUACUGUCGCCUGGAACAAACCUGUAUAUGAUGGUGGCUCUGACAUCACUGGCUACAUUGUUGAGACUUGCGUCCCAUCUGAAAAGGAAGAAGAGGAGGAAUGGACCAUUGUGACACCCAAAGAAGGACUCCUUGCCACCUCAUUUACCAUUCUUAACCUGAAGGAGAACCAGGAGUACAAGAUUAACAUAUCUGCUGUAAACAGUGAGGGAGUUGGAGAGGCAGCAUCGGUACCUGGCAAUCCCAAGGCAGAAGACAGGCUCCUUCCAGCUGAGAUGGAUCUGGAUGCUGAGCUCCGCAAAGUUGUCAGUCUUAGAGCUUGCUGCUCACUUAGAUUGUUUGUACCUAUCAGAGGCAGACCAGCUCCUCAGGCUAAAUGGACCAAAGGAGAUGGUGAGCCUGUUGAGAGGGCAACCAUUGAAAGCACAACAUCAUACACAUCACUUGUAAUUGAAAAUGUCAACAGAUUUGACAGUGGAAAGUAUAAUCUUACAGUUGAAAACAGCUCUGGCUCGAGGACCGUUACAGUACAGGUCAGGGUGCUUGAUACACCAAGUGCCCCACAGAAUCUUAAGAUUACUGCUGUAACAAAUGAAGCUGUCACUCUGACUUGGGAUCCACCAGUGAAUGAUGGAGGCGUUAAGAUUAAGAACUAUAUUGUUGAAAAACGUGAGUCCACAAGGAAAGCAUAUGCUACAGUAAAUGCUAAUUGCCAUCACACCACCUUCACAGUUGACCACCUCCUGGAAGGCUGCAACUAUUACUUCAGAGUUUUGGCUGAGAAUGAAUAUGGCAUUGGCCUGCCCAUUGAGACUGGUGAAUCAGUUAAAGUGUCUGAGAAACCACAGCCACCUGGCAAAAUCACGCUUAAGGAUGUUACCAAGAACAGUGUCACCCUCUCAUGGGAGAAACCAGAGCAUGACGGUGGCAGCAGAGUGGGCUGUUAUGUUGUUGAGAUCCAGCCUAAGGGUGUUGAAAAGUGGACCCAGGCUAUGAUUGUAAAGGAAACAGAAGCUACUAUUAGUGGACUCAAUGCAGGUGAAGAAUACAUGUUCCGCGUAGCAGCAAGAAAUGAAAAGGGAACAAGCGACCCACGUCAAAUUGGUGUGCCUGUAAUCGUAAAAGAUCUUGUGAUUGCACCUGUUGCCAAAAUGUUGUUCAACACAUUUAGUGUGUUGGCAGGAGAAGACCUGACAGUGGAUGUUCCAUAUGUUGCACGUCCAAAAGCAGCUGUCUCCUGGGUAAAAGAUGGUCAGCCUCUGAAGAGAACUACCAGAGUAAACUUUGGUGCAAAAGAGACAUUGCUGAGCCUCACCAUAAAAGAGGCCACUAAAGAUGAUGUUGGGAAGUACCGUAUUACUCUUAGCAACACAGCAGGAGAGACAACAGUUGACAUUGGCAUCGUUGUUCUUGACAAACCUGGCCAGCCAAGUGGUCCAGUUAAGGUGGAGGAGGUCACUUCUGACAGUGUAACCAUCUCCUGGAACAUACCAGAGUAUGAUGGUGGUUGUACCAUCAAACACUAUAUUGUGGAAAAGAGAGACACAUCCACAACUAACUGGAUGGUUGUAUCUCCUAACCUUGCAAGGACCAAAAUCAAAGCAGGCAGGUUGAAGACUGGCUCUGAGUAUCAGUUUAGAAUAACAGCAGAAAACAGAUAUGGAAAAGGCCCAGCACUUCUAUCAGAGUGCAUUGUGGCUCAAUACCCAUACAAGCUCCCAGGACCCCCAGGGACACCAUAUAUUGCAGCCGGCACCAAGGACAGCAUGGUGGUUGCCUGGAAUGAACCUGUGAUUGAUGGUGGAAGCUCCAUCUUAGGCUACCAUCUUGAACGCAAAGAAAGAAACAGCAUCAUGUGGGUAAGACUUAACAAGUCUCUUAUUACUGACCAAACCUUCAAGACCACUGCUCUGGAACCAGGAAUGGAAUAUGAAUACAGAGUUUAUGCUGAAAAUAUUGUUGGAAUAGGAAAAGUGAGCAAAGUGUCUGAGGGACACAUUGCUAGAGAUCCAUGUGAUCCUCCUGGCACCCCCGAGGCAACAAAGAUCAGCAAAGACUCUGUGACCAUUAUUUGGACCAAGCCUGAGUAUGAUGGUGGGGCAAAGGUAACAGGCUACAUUGUGGAAAAGAAGGAGCUUCCUGAAGGUCGUUGGCUGAAGGCUAACUUCACUAAUAUCAUUGAGACAGAAUAUGUUGCAACUGGACUUGUGCAAGACAAUCAAUAUGAGUUCCGUGUCAUUGCCAGAAAUGCUGCUGGUGUUUUCAGUCUCCCCUCUUACAGCACCGGUCCAAUCACUGCCAGGGAUGAGAUUGAACCACCACGCAUCAGCAUUGACCCAGAGUACACACAGACUAUUGUGGUUAAUGCUGGAGACAACUUCAAAAUUGAUGGAGAUGUCCAUGGGAAACCAUUGCCCUCCAUCCACUGGAUGAAGGGAGAGCAGGAACUGGGAAAUACUAUUCAUAGAGAGAUUAAGAACACACCCACCAAAGCUUACAUAUCUGUCAAGGAAGCUAAACUUUCUGAUGGAGGCCAAUACACUUUGCUGUUGAAAAAUCCAGGAGGAGAAAAGGCCGUACAGGUCAAUGUGGUCGUUCUAGAUAAACCUGGAGAACCACAGGGACCUAUUGUUGUUACAGGAAUAGCCAAAGACCGAUGCUGCCUUUCAUGGAAACCACCACUACAGGAUGGUGGCAGCAAGAUCUCUCACUACAUUGUGGAAAGGAGAGAGACAAGCAGACUAGUCUGGACUGUUGUUGACCCAAAAGUGGCAAAUACAUGUUUAAAGGUUACUAACCUUCUGGAAGGAAAUGAGUACAUCUUCAGAGUCCAUGCCGUCAACCACUUUGGAGUGGGUGCAGCACUGGAGUCUGCUUCUGUCAUAAUCAAAGAUCCAUAUUUGCCCCCUGGAACACCCAAGAGCUUGGAAGUUUCAGAUAUUAAAAAGGAUUCAAUGGUGCUCACCUGGGAGGCUCCUUCUGAAGAUGGAGGCAGUCCUAUCACUGGAUAUAUAAUUGAGAAACAUGACAAAGAAGGUGUGAGAUGGACCAGAUGCAACAGGCAAACAGUCACUGACUUGACCUUUAAGGUCACUGGACUCCUGGAAAGCCAUAUCUAUGAAUUCAGAGUUGCAGCUGAGAAUGGAGUUGGUGUUGGUGAGCCAAGCUCCCCAACUGUAUUCUACAAAGCUCUUGAUCCAAUAUUCAGGCCUGGCCCACCACACAAUCCAAGAGUUACUGACACAACUAAAACAUCAGUAUUCCUGUCAUGGGGCAAGCCUGUCUGUGAUGGAGGAUGUGAGAUUCAGGGAUACAUUGUUGAGUGGUGCACUACCACAGAGCCAGCAGUGCCAGCUGAGGUUCCUGCGGAAGCCCCAGCUACAGAGACUGCUGCCACAGAUGCACCUGCUGAGGAAUGGAUAAUGUGCACGCCACCAACGGGUGUCAAGAAGACCAAGUUUGAAGUUCUAAACCUGAAGGAAAACCAGGCAUACAAGUUUAGAGUAUGUGCUAUCAACAAAGUUGGAGUUGGUGAGCAUGCUGAUGUCUCUGGAGCUGUUGUUGCCCAGGACAAGGCAGAAGAGCCAGACCUUGACAUUGACCCAGAACUGAGACAGAUAGUGACCAUUAAAGCUGGAGCGUCCCUUAGACUGUUUAUUCCCAUCAAAGGAAGGCCCACUCCUACCAUCAAGUGGGACAAAGAUGAAGCUUCACUUAAAGAGACUGCUCAGGUUGAGGUAACUAGUAGUUACACAUCCCUGGUAAUUGAUAAGAUGAGCAGAUAUGACAGUGGAAAAUACACUGUCAGUGCAGAGAACGUAAGUGGAACCAAAUCUGCAUUUGUUGUUGUCCGUGUUCUCGACACACCUAGUGCUCCUGUUAACCUGAAAGUGAAAGAAAUUACAAACCAGUCAGUGACAUUGGCAUGGGAACCACCUCUGUUGGAUGGUGGGUCCAAGAUAAAGAACUACAUUGUUGAAAAGAGAGAAAGCACACGCAAAACAUAUGCAGCUGUUGUAACCAAUUGUCAUGCUCUUUCAUGGAAGAUUGACUCACUCCAGGAGGGUUGCAGUUACUACUUCAGAGUCCUUGCUGAGAAUUCGCAUGGUGUUGGCCUGCCUGCAGCAAUUCUCGACCCUCUUAAGGUCUCAGAGGUGCCCCAGUCUCCAAAGAACUUGAUUGUUACAGACCAAACCAAAACAAGCAUCUCCUUGGCCUGGGAGAAGCCUGAGUAUGAUGGUGGUAGCAGAGUCAUGCAGUAUCUCCUUGAGGUGCGGCUUAAGGCUCAGGAUAAGUGGUCUAGUGUGAACGCAUUUAAGACAAUGGAGGCUACGGUUUCCAAUCUGAACCCAGGAGAGGAGUAUCUGUUUAGAAUUACAGCAGUCAAUGAGAAAGGAAAGAGUGACCCCAAAGUCCUUGCCGCUCCAGUGAUGGCCAAGGACUUAGUCUUUGAGCCAGAUGUUCGACCAGCAUUCAGCAAUUACAGUGUCCAUGUGGGUAAAGACCUUAACAUUGACAUUCCCAUUUUUGGACGCCCUAAACCAACAGUCACAUGGACUAAAGAUGGAGCUCCUUUGAAGUUCACUACCAGAGUCAACAUUCUCAACACACCAAAACAUACAACACUGAGCAUUAAGGAGGCAGCAGGUGAUGAUGGUGGCAUGUACAGUAUACAUGUUGCUAACUCAGCUGGAAAGAAGGACACAACCGUUGAAAUCAUUGUACUUGACAAGCCUGGCCCUCCAUCUGGCCCUGUGAGGUUCGAUGAAAUCACUACACAGAGUGUCACUCUUUCAUGGGACCCACCAAAACACAAUGGUGGCUGCCAGAUUUCAAACUACAUUGUGCAGAAAAGAGAUACUACUACAACAACAUGGGAAAAUGUCAGCAUCAAUUGUGCCAGAACGACCAUCAAAGUGCCUAGACUGAAAACUGGAGCGGAGUACCAGUUCAGGAUCAUUGCUCAGAACCGCUAUGGCAAGAGUCAUGGUUUGGAUUCAUCCUCAGUGGUCGCUCAAUACCCAUACCGAGAGCCAGGCCCACCAGGCACUCCUUUUAUCUCCUCUCUCUCUAGGGACCACCAGAUUAUUGAGUGGCAUGAGCCUGUCACAGAUGGAGGCAGCCCUGUUCUUGGCUAUCAUCUUGAAAGGAAAGAGAGGAAUAGUAUUCUCUGGGUCAAAGUCAACAAGACACUUAUUCACGAUACUAGUUUCAAGAGUCACCCCUUAGAUGAGGGUGUUGAGUAUGAAUAUAGGGUUUAUGCUGAAAAUAUAGUUGGCAUUGGCAGAUGCAGUAAGAUCUCUGAAGGCUGCGUUGCCCGUGACCCAUGUGAUCCUCCUGGCACACCGGAGGCCAUCCAUGUGACCAAAGAUACCAUUGUUAUUCAGUGGACUAAACCAGAGUAUGAUGGUGGCAGUAAUAUAACCGGCUAUACUGUGGAGAAGCGUGAUCUGCCAGAGGGCAGGUGGGUAAGAGCAAACUUCACUAAUGUGAUUGAGACCCAGUUCACUGUCACUGGUCUGACUGAAAAUGCACAGUAUGACUUUAGAGUCAUUGCUAAAAAUGCUGUCGGCACCAUCAGUAAGCCAUCCUACAACAGUGGGCCAAUCACUGCAAGUGAUAAAGUGGAGGCACCAAAAUUCUCCAUUGACCCCGCAUUCACCAAGACCAUUAUUAUCAAUGCUGGACAGACAUUCAAGCUAGAUGCUGAUGUCAGAGGCAAACCACUGCCUACAAUCAAGUGGUUCAAGAAUGAAAAACCAAUCGAGAAUACACUCAGACUAGAGAUCAAAAACACAGAAAACCAUGCAAUGAUUGUCAUUAAGGACUCUGUUAGAAUUGAUGGUGGGAUUUACACACUCCAGCUGACAAAUGAGGCUGGCAGUGAAACUGUUCCAUUCAAGGUAGUAGUCUUGGACAGGCCUAGCCCAUGUGAAGGACCCUUCCACAUCGCUGGAGUAGCUGAAGAUAGAUGCACACUGGUAUGGCGUGCCCCUCUACAUGAUGGAGGUAGUCCUAUUACACACUACAUCAUCGAGAGAAGAGAGACCAGCCGUCUAGCUUGGACUGUUGUUUCCAACAGCUGUGAAACUACAUGUUACAAAGUCACCAAAUUGCUGGAAGGCAAUGAGUACAUGUUCCGUGUCAUGGCAGUUAACAGUUAUGGUGUCAGUGAGCCACUGGAGUCUGGCGGAGUGAUUAUGAAGACUCCAUUUGUUCCUCCUGGUUCACCUCACAUUGAGGAUGUUUCCAACAUUGCCCAUGAUGGCAUGACCAUCACCUGGUCAGCCCCUGAGACUGAUGGUGGCAGUGAGAUUAUCAAUUACAUAAUUGAAAAGAAGGACAGAACUGGAAUCAAAUGGACCAGAUGCAACAGACAGAAGGUCACUGACCUCUCCUUCAGAGUUACAGGCCUUGCUACAGACCAUGAAUAUGAGUUCAGAGUAGCUGCUGAGAAUGUAGUUGGAGUGGGAGAACCAAGCCUUCAAAGUUCAUACUACAGGGCCUGUGAUCCCAAGUACAAACCUGGUGCCCCAGCAUAUGUGAAUGUUAUUGACUCCACAAAGAGUUCUAUUACUGUGUCAUGGGGUAAGCCUCUGUCUGAUGGUGGUAGCGCCAUUCAAGGAUACAUUGUUGAAGUCUGCAAGGCUGAGGAGGAGGAAUGGACCCUGGUUACUCCUCCCACUGGCCUGCGUGUCAACAAAUAUGAAAUAACCAAACUUACUGAGGGUCAGGAGUACAAGAUCCAGGUGUGUGCUCUAAACAAACUCGGAGUCGGUGAAUCAGCAGCUCUCUCUGGAACAGCUAAGCCAGAGGAAAGGGUGGACUCACCACAGAUCCACCUUGACUCUGAGCUGAGGAAAGGCAUCACUGUGAAAGCUGGUGGAUCUGUUAAAAUCCAUAUUCCAUUCAAGGGCAGGCCACUACCUGAGAUUAAGUGGACUAAGGAUGAGGGAGACCUGACUGAAAAGGCAGUGAUUGAGAAGGCUCUCAACUUCACUGAGCUGUCCAUUGACUCAUGUGACAGGAGUGACUCUGGAAAAUACACCCUGAGCCUGACAAACAGCAGUGGCUCUGUGUCUGAGUUUGUUGCUGUUAAGGUCCUGGAUACACCUGGUUCCCCUCAGAAUCUUGUGGUUAAAGAAGUCAAAAAGGACUCUGUCACUCUUGUAUGGGAUGCCCCAUUGAUUGAUGGAGGUUCCAAAAUCAAGAACUAUGUCAUUGACAAACGUGAAUCAACCAGAAAGGCAUACGCAAACGUGACCACAAAAUGCACCAAGACAACAUUCAAAGUUGAGAACUUGAUUGAAGGCGCUAUGUACUACUUCAGAGUCAUGGCUGAGAAUGACUAUGGAAUUGGCCAGGCUGUUGAAACAAAGACAGCUUCCAAGGCUUCUGAGGUACCAUUGCCUGUUGGAACAGUCUCCCUCACUGAUGUCACCAAAACCAGUGCCUCAUUUGCCUGGGAGAAACCUGGGCAUGAUGGUGGCAGUAGAAUUGGUGGCUACCUAAUUGAGAUGCAGCCUAAGGGUACCGAUAAGUGGGGUGUUGCAGCAAAUACAAAGACAUGCGAGGGCACAGUCACAGGCCUCACAGCUGGAAAAGAAUAUCUAUUCCGUAUCAUUGCAUACAAUGAGAAGGGAAAGAGUGAGCCAAAGGCACUUACUUCACCCGUUGUUGCUUGUGACAUGACCAUGGAGCCAAGCAUUAAGAUGCAAUUCAACACUUACAGUGUGUUAGCUGGAAAAGAUCUGAAGUUGGAAUUCCCCGUGCUCGGCAGGCCCAAACCUAAAGUCACCUGGGCCAGGGAUGGUCAGCCUUUGAAGGUAACAUCCAGAGUCAAUGUGGUAAACACUCCAACAACAACUGGCAUUCAAAUUACUGAGGCAUGCAAGGAGGACUUUGGCAAAUAUUCCAUUACAGCAACCAAUACUGCCGGCACAAUCACUGAAGAUGUGGCUGUCAUUAUCCUUGACAAACCUGGUCCACCGACAGGUCCAGUCAAGGUUGUUGAAGUGAGCAACACCUUUGUCCAUCUCUCCUGGGAGCCCCCACAGUACAAGGGUGGAUGCCAGGUGAAGAACUAUAUAGUGGAGAAGAGAGACACCACUACCACAACAUGGCAGUCAGUCACCACACAGCUUGCUAGAACAGCUUUCAAGGUCACCAAGCUGAAGACUGGUGCUGAAUACCAGUUCAGAAUCAUAGCUGAAAACAGAUAUGGAAAGGGUGUGCCUCUGGACUCCAAGGCCAUUGUUGUGCAGUAUCCAUACAAACCACCAGGGCCUCCAGGAACUCCAUAUGUAAAAUAUGCAACGAAGGAAAUGAUGAUCAUUGAAUGGAAUGAGCCAGUCAAUGAUGGUGGAAGUACAGUUAUUGGUUACCAUCUGGAAAGCAAAGAGAGAAACAGCAUCCUAUGGAACAAACUGAGCAAGACCCUCAUCACUGAUACUCAGUUCAAAAUCUGCAAUCUUGAGGAGGGUAUUGGAUAUGAAUUCAGAGUUUAUGCUGAAAAUAUUGUUGGCAUUGGCAGGUGCAGUAAAGUGUCUGAGUCCUUUGUUGCUCGUGACCCAUGUGACCCUCCUGGUGCUCCUGAAGCGGUAUCUAUUUCUAAGAACCUAAUCAAGAUUCAGUGGACCAAGCCACAGUAUGAUGGUGGCAGCAAAGUCAAUGGAUAUAUUGUGGAAAGGAAAGAUCUUUCCUCCCCUGAAGGGCGCUGGGUAAGAGCCAACUUCACUAAUGUAAUUGAGACUGAGUAUACCGUCACUGGUCUGACAGAAAAUGAACAAUAUGAAUUCAGAGUUAUUGCAAGAAAUGCAGCCGGAGUCUUCAGCCAGCCAUCUGACAGCUCUGGACCUAUUACUGCUACUGAUGAAAUUGAACCACCAAGAGCCUCAAUGGAUCCCAAAUACAAGGAUGUAAUUGUUGUCAAUGCUGGAGAACACUUGCUUCUUGAUGCAGACAUCUAUGGAAAACCAAUUCCUGAUGUUAUCUGGCUUAAAGAGGGCAAGGAAAUGGACAAAGCACUGCGCAUUGAAGUGAAAACUACACAGAAACGUGCAGCCUUAACCAUUAAGGAUGUGACCAAACUUGACAGUGGCCACUAUGACCUCGUCCUCAAAAAUCUGGGUGGUACAAAAACCUUCCCUAUCACUGUCAAAGUCCUUGAUAAACCAGGUCCACCCACUGGACCCAUGAAGGUGACAGGAAUCAUGGCUGACCGGUGCAUCCUUGCCUGGUCUGAGCCAAUUUUGGAUGGUGGUGCUAGUAUUACUCACUAUGUCUUGGAGAAGAGAGAGACUAGCAGGUUGUCCUGGACUGUGGCUGCACCAAAUAUCAAGGGUCUGUACUAUAAACUGACAAAUUUGCUCCAUGGAAAUGAAUACAUUUUCAGAGUCAGGGCCGUUAACAAAUAUGGUGUUGGUGAUUAUAUUGAGUCUGAACCCAUCAUUGCACGCAAUCCUUACAAACCACCUAGUGCUCCUGGAACUCCAGAAGCAAGUCAGAUCACAAAGGACUCUAUGGUUCUCUCAUGGACUGCUCCUGAACAGACUGGUGGAGCUGACAUUGAAGGCUACCAUCUUGAAAAACGUGACAAAGAUAGUGUAAGGUGGACAAAAUGCAACAGACAAAAGAUGACUGACACCCAACUUAAGGUCACAGGUUUAAUGACUGACCACUUCUAUGAGUUCCGUGUUGCUGCAGAGAAUGAGGCUGGAAUGGGAGAUCUCAGUGAACUGUCCCUAUUCUACAGAGCAUGUGAUGCCACAACACCACCUGGACCUCCACACCACCCUAAGGUUACAGACUACACAAAGUCUUCUGUGUCUCUGUCCUGGGGCAAACCUGACUUUGAUGGUGGUGCCUACAUUAAGGGCUAUAUUGUUGAAAUGAGGGAGUAUACGCCAGUGCCUGAAUCAACAGAGGAGGCAGAAGUAGCACCAGCAGUAGAGCCACCAGUUGAAAAAGAAUGGACCAUGUGCACUCCACCGACUGGCAUUCAAACCACUAAACUCACUAUCACAGAUCUGAAGGAGGGUGGAGAGUACCAAUUCCGUGUCUGUGCUAUCAACUCUGAGGGUGUGGGUGAGGCUGCUAAUGUCCAUAGUACUGUGGUUACCUCUGACAGGGUAGAAGCACCGGAGAUUGAGCUGGAUGCUGAGCUCAGAAAAGUGGUUUCUGUCCGUGCUGGUGGAACUCUGCGUCUGUUUGUCCCCAUCAGAGGAAGGCCUGAACCUGUUGUUAAAUGGGAGAAGGUUGAGGGUACUCUAACAGAGCGCGCGGCAAUUGAUACUACCAGUUCAUACACCAUGCUUGUCAUUGACAAUGUCAACCGCUUUGACAGUGGCAAAUACUCACUAACACUGGAGAACAGCAGUGGUACAAAAUCUGCUAUUGUUGCAGUGAGAAUUUUGGAUACACCAAGUGCACCUCAAAACUUUGCUGUGAAGGAACUCAAGAAAGAUUCAGUGACUCUUGCCUGGGAUACCCCACUUACUGAUGGUGGUUCUAAAAUCACAAACUACAUUGUAGAGAAGAGAGAGUCUGUAAGAAAGGCAUAUACUACUGUAACCAGCAACUGCACAGCCAACUCAUUCAAGAUUGAAGAGCUGACUGAGGGUGGCAUGUACUACUUUAGAGUCUGUGCAGUCAAUGAAUAUGGCCAAGGACAGAUGGUUGAAACCAAAGAAGUCAAAGUAUCUGAGGUUCCUCUGCCACCAAGCAAGGUUACCCUGGUAGAUUUGACAAAGACCAGUGUGUCACUGGCAUGGGAGAAACCUGCUCAUGAUGGUGGAAGCAAAGUAAUGUGCUACAAUGUAGAAUUUAAGCCUAAGAGUGGGGAUAAAUGGGGCACAGCAUGCACAGUCAAGGUGCCUGAAGCAACUAUUCCCAAUCUAACUCCUAAUGAAGCCUACUUAUUCAGAGUUGUUGCAAUCAAUGAGAAGGGAAAAAGUGAGCCAAAGGAUCUUGGCUUGCCUGUGGUUGCAAAGGAUGUUGCUAUUGAACCAACUAUCAACUUACUGUUUACCACAUACAGUGUGAAGGCCGGAGAUGAACUUACUCUUGAGGUUCCAUUAAGAGGAAGGCCAAAGCCUGUUGUAUCCUGGAAGAAGAAUGGCCUUCCUUUGAAGCAAACAUCAUCAGUGACCAUCUUAAAUACUGCAACCUCUUCCAAAAUUAUCAUCAAAGAUGCUAACAGAGAACAUGUUGGCAAGUAUGAGAUCACCCUAACCAACACAGCAGGAACUGCCACAGCAGAUCUUGGAGUUGUUGUCCUUGAUAAAGCAGGACCACCCAAAGGUAUCAAGGUGGAUGCUGUGACCUCCGACAGCAUUACACUGACCUGGUCUCCACCGGAUUAUGAUGGUGGCUGCUCCAUCAGUAACUAUAUUGUGGAGAAGAGAGACACAAACACACAAGAAUGGCAGAUGGUAGCAAGUAAUGUUGCCAGAACAUCUUUCAAGGCUGGCCGUCUGACACAUGGAGCUGAGUACCAGUUCCGCAUUUAUGCAGUCAACCGUUACGGAAAGAGUACAUAUCUGGACUCACCUGGAAUCACUGCUCAGUAUAACUUCAAACAACCCGGUCCUCCUUCCACGCCUAUAGUGAAGUUGGCCACAAAGUCUUACAUGUUGGUGACAUGGAAUGAGCCAGUCGUUGAUGGUGGUAGUCCUGUUGUGGGCUACCAUCUGGAGAGAAAGGAACGUUCUAGCAUUCUUUGGACAAAGAUGAAUAGAGGAAUGAUUAAAGAUACAGAGUACAAAGUCACUGGAAUUGAAGAGGGCAUGAUAUAUGAAUACCGUGUCUAUGCUGAAAAUAUUGCUGGUAUUGGUAAAUGCAGCAAGGCCUGUGAAGGUGUAGCAGCCAGAGAUCCAUGUGACCCUCCAGGCACACCUGUGGUCACUGCUGUUACCAGGACAUCUGUCUCCUUAUCUUGGGAUAAGCCAGAGUAUGAUGGUGGAGCCAAGGUUUCUGGCUACAUAAUUGAACGCAGAGACCUUCCUGAAGGACGCUGGACAAGGUGCAACUUCACCAAUGUGCCUGAGACCCACUAUGAUGUGACAAGCCUUACAGAGAACAGCCAGUAUGACUUCCGUGUCAUUGCUAAGAAUGCAGCUGGAUUGUUCAGUGAACCAUCUGACAACACCGGCCCAAUCACUGUCAAAGAUGAUGUGGAUCCACCACGCAUCAUGAUGGAUGUCAAGUUCCGAGAGACAGUGUUUGUGAAAGCAGGAGAAACUCUGAAGAUUAAUGCUGACCUUAAGGGACGUCCAGCCCCUGUCAUUUCCUGGACCAAGGAUGGCAAAGAAAUUGAGUUGAGAGCCAGAAUCCAGAUUAUUUCAACAGAUACCAGCACUUCUGUCAUUGUGAAGGAUUGCAUCAAAAGAGAUUCCGGGCAGUAUGCCCUGAGUCUACAAAAUAUUGCUGGAACAGUUACGAUGCCAAUAAACUGUGUGAUUCUAGAUAAGCCAGGACCCUCAGCAGGACCUCUGCAGAUCACAGAUCUCACAGCGGAGGAUUGCACUCUGUCAUGGGGUCCUCCUCAGGAGACCGGUGGUGCUGACAUCACGCAUUACGUUAUUGAGAAGCGUGAGACCAGCAGCUUGGCAUGGACAAUGGUGAAGGCAGAUGUCACAAAAACAUACUUUAAAGUCACAGGACUGCUCAAGGGCAACGAAUAUAUCUUCAGGGUUUUGGCUGUCAACAAGUAUGGACUUGGUGAGGCUCUUGAUAGUGAUGCUGUAAAGAUUACAGAUCCAUACACUGUCCCCACUGCUCCAACUAGUGUUGAUGUCACUGCCAUAACUGGAGAUUCAAUGACCCUCACCUGGUGCAAGCCAGCUAGUGAUGGAGGCAGCCCCAUCACCGGGUAUAUGAUUGAGCGCCGUGAGAAGACAGGCAUGCGCUGGAUCCGUUUGAACAGAGAUCCAGUUCUUGAAUGUACCACAGUAGCAACCAAACUGCGUAAGGGUUGUGAGUAUGACUUCAGAGUCUAUGCUGAAAAUGCUGCUGGUCUAAGUCCUCCAAGUGAGCAGUCUGCAUCAUUCAGAGCAUUAGAUCCUCUGGUUGUUCCUUCUCGCCCAACUAAGCCAAAGAUUGUCACUUCAACCAAGGACAGCGUGACCAUUGUCUGGAAACCACCAACAGAUGAUGGUGGUGCUGUCAUUCUUGGAUACAGUGUAGAAUACAGAGACUACAUCCGCAAACCCGAACCAGAAGUUGAGGAAGAAGAGGAAGAAUACGAGGAGGAGGAAGAAGAGGUACCUGAAUCACCUGAAGAACUAGCAAGAUGGGUUGAGGCUAUCCCUCUUACCAAGAGCUUGGAGUUCACAAUCACUGGACUAAAGACAGAUGCAGAAUAUGAAUUCUGUGUCAAGGCUAUAAACAAAGUUGGUAGCAGUGUGCGGAGCCCCUAUUCAGAUGCUGCUGCAGCUGCGGACAGAACUGCAGAGCCGUCAUUUGAUGUUGACAUUGAGCUGCGUAAAGUACUUCUUGUUAAGCAUGGCACAGCAUUUACUCUGAAUGUACCAUUCAAGGGCAAACCCGUGCCAUCAGUGACAUGGGCCAAGGAGGGAGUUGAUCUAAAUGUCAGAGGAACCAUCGAUUCAACAGAAUCAAGCACUUCACUAACCAUUGAGAAGUCAACUAGAAAUGACUCUGGAGAGUACUGUGUUACAAUUGAAUCACCACUGGGAAAAGCAACAUUGCCUCUGGUUGUCAAGGUGCUAGACUCACCUGGACCCCCUGUCAAUGUUGUAGUUUCAGCAGUGACCAAGGAUUCUGCAACCCUCACUUGGGAAGCCCCGGAGAAUGAUGGCGGUGAUGCAGUGAAGGCCUACCAUGUUGAAAAACGUGAAGCCAGUAAGAAAGCCUGGGUGUCUGUGACCAGCAACUGCCAUUCUCUGAUUUACAAGGUGGAAGACUUGCAGGAGGGAGCCACGUACUACUUCAGAGUUAUUGGAGAAAAUGAGUAUGGAGUAGGUGUCCCGCAGGAAGCCAAGACUGGAACAAAGAUUACAGAGGUACCAAGUCCGCCCAUGAAACUUGGAGUUGCAAAUGUUACCAAAGAUAGCAUUACACUUGCCUGGACCAGACCAGAAUAUGAUGGCGGCAGCAGAGUCACUGGAUACCUUAUUGAUGCCAUGGAGAAAGGACAGAACAAGUGGAUCAAGUGUGCCACUGUGAGGACCAUGACCCACACCAUCAAGAGCCUGAGGGAGGGUGCUGAGUAUUUCUUUAGAGUCCGUGCAGAGAACCAUGCUGGACUCAGUGAACCAAAGGAGAUGAUUGUACCUGUUAUUGUCAAGGAAAUACACGAGGCUCCAGAGUUUGACCUUAAGAACUACCCCAAGAAUACAGUUUAUGUGAAAGCAGGAUCCAACCUAACCUUUGAGAUUCCUCUCACCGGCAGGCCCAUGCCUAAGGUGACUAUGUCCAAAAACAAUGUUGUCAUCAAGGGAUCCAAGAGGCUGCUAACAGAAGUAACUCCAGACAGUUUAAUCAUCACCCUAAAUGAGAGCAUUUCAAGUGACGCUGGUAAAUAUGAAGUCACUGCCUCAAAUGCAGGAGGUACCACCAAGAUCUUCAUUAUCUUUGUUGUGCUGGACAGACCCGGACCUCCUGUUGGUCCAGUUGAGAUUGGAGAGGUUGGAGAGACAACAGUAUGUCUGAAAUGGGCUCCUCCAGAGUAUGAUGGUGGCAGUCCUGUAAGCAACUACAUUGUUCUGAAACGUGAAACCAGCACUCCUACCUGGGCAGAGGUGUCAACUAGCAUUGCCAGAAGCUCGAUCAAGGUUACUAAGCUGACCAAGGGAGAGGAGUAUCAGUUCAGAAUCAAGGCCGUGAAUCGCAGCGGUGUCAGCGACCACAUUGAUAGCAAACCAGUCAUGAUAAAGCUUCCAUACACUGUUCCUGGACCUCCAUCCACACCAUGGUUGGGCUUUGUAUCCAGAGAGAGCCUAACAGUCUGCUGGAAUGAGCCUGUAAAUGAUGGUGGAAACCCUGUGAUUGGAUAUCAUCUCCAGAUGAAGGAGAGGAGCAGCAUCCUCUGGCAGAAGAUCAAUAAGACCGCAAUCUCAGGAAACCAGUGGCGAGUUACAAACAUCUGCCCUGGUCUUAUCUAUGAAUUCAAGGUGGCAGCUGAAAAUGCUGCUGGUAUUGGAAAGAUGAGCAAGACCUCUGAAGAGGUGCUUGCUAUUGAUGCCUGUGAGCCCCCAGCAAAUGUCCAUAUCACAGAGGUCACCAAGAACUCAGUCAGCCUGGCCUGGCUGAGGCCUCCAUAUGAUGGUGGCAGCAAGAUUACCGGCUACAGUGUGGAGAGGAGAGAAGCUCCCAGUGGAAGAUGGGUGAAAGCUAACUUCACAAACAUCAUUGAGCUGGGUUUCACUGUAUCUGGACUGAACCAGGAUGAGUCCUAUGAGUUCAGAGUGUAUGCCAAGAAUGCUGUUGGGUCUGUCAGCAACCCAUCUCUCAUUGCUGGCCCAGUGACUUGUGUCGACGCCUGUG